GCUGCUCGCUGCAGGAGAGCUUCAUUCUUCGCUCACAAUUUGCAAACGACCGACGUCUUGGUAUUCUAUCUAUCGGGGAUGAUGACUUGACUUCUGCUAACUGAAGCCGUGGAUGGCAUUAAAGAAGACGAAAUAUAAUUAUCGAAACGUCGUGAAAAUACUUACAAACUGCUAGUUACUAAGUUCGACGAAAGAUUUAACGUUUUCGUGCUUUUGUUUUUAAUCGUUAUUAAUUCUUCAAAAAGUGUUUUUUAAUAUAGUUGUGCUUCAAUAUUAUAUUUUGAUAUCGACUGUGAAAUUAUUGUGGUGACAAAAUGAAUAGGCAGCAACAAAUUCAGAAGACUCAACAGAGUCAAAUGUCUCAGCAGACCACCCAGCAUUCGCAAAUGUCGCAGGUUUCGCAACAUAUGACCCAGCAAAGGGUUAGUUCCGAACAACAUGUCACCAGACAAGUUAUGAGCCAUCAAACAGUUCAGGGCGGUUACACGCAGCAGACUGGAAUGCAACAACAGUUGACCGGUUUCGGCCCGAACGCAUCACCGCCAGUAUUUGAGAAGAUUUUUAGCAAUGCCCGCUUUGCGCAGGGUGGUAAUGCGUGCUUUGAUGGUAAGGUCACUGGUAAACCACAGCCGACUGUGUCGUGGACUCGCAACGGAGCGCCCCUCACAGAUUCGAACAAAUAUCGACUCUCCUAUAACAGUCAGACGGGAGAGAUAGUUUUACAAAUUAACAGUAUUGGUCCUGGCGAUGAAGGUGAAUACGUGUGCACUGCCAGGAACCAAUAUGGCGAAGCCAUUUGCUCAGUUUAUAUUUCGCCUGAAGGAAUGCAAAUGCCCCAAUUGCGAGGUAUCAGACAAACACAAACAUCCAAACAAACAACGUCAUACACCAAUGGCCACCUCGUUGAAGAGUUUAAGAUCGACACAUUUGAGUACAGGAUUCUACGUGAGGUGUCCUUCAGGGAAUCAAUUACUCGCCGUUUUUCUAAUGAACAAGAUUUUCAAAUGUCAACCGUUGUUGAAAGAUCGCUCGGACCUCCAGCGCCUCCGCAAAUCUCCCAAAAGCCUCGUAACUCAAAAUUACUUGAAGGCUCGGACGCUGUAUUUUCGGCGAAGGUUUCAGCAAAUCCUAGACCUAGAUUGACAUGGUUCAAGAACGGCCAGCGAUUGGUUGAUUCCGAGAAAUAUGAAACGUCGUUUUCGAAUAAUCAAGCUGUUUUGCGUGUGAAAAAAGUAUGCGCCGAAGAUUCCGGCCAUUAUAGCUUGCUUGCAGAAAAUCCACAAGGAUGUGUAAUUAACUCCGCUUUCUUAGCCAUCGAACCUGUUAGCACCCAGGAGGGGCUUAUCCACGAGUCUCAAUUUAAAUCACAGCAAAUUGAAACCGUUGAGACCACCGAUGCUUCUAAAACGCUUGCCCCCAAUUUCGUUCGCGUAUGUGGCGACAGAGAUGUAACUGAAGGAAAAAUGACUCGUUUUGAUUGCCGUGUUACCGGCAGACCAUACCCUGAAGUAACCUGGUACAUCAACGGGCAACAAAUUACGGACGACCAUACGCAUAAGAUCCUCGUAAACGAAUCAGGAAAUCAUGCACUAAUGAUAACCAAUGUAGGUCGCAAUGAUUCCGGUGUCGUCACUUGUGUGGCUCGCAACAAAUCUGGCGAAAUAAACUUCCAAUGUAAUUUGAAUGUUAUUGAAAAGGAGCAGGUAGUUGCUCCGAAGUUUGUCGAAAGGUUUACGACCGUAAACGUUAAGGAAGGUGAACCGGUGGUUCUCAACGCAAGGGCUGUGGGAACUCCUACACCACGAAUCACUUGGCAGAAGGACGGCGUCCCGCUUGCCAACAGUCCGAAUGUUCGUAUCUCUAUUGACGGUGGUGCGACCCAAUUGGAUAUCCCAUGUCCCAAGGCAUCGGAUGCCGCUUGGUAUCAAUGUACUGCACAGAAUGUUGCCGGCUCCACCGCCACCAGAGCAAGACUGUUUAUUGAAACCCCGCAAGGACAAACACCCGAACCAAGACGUCUUCAUUUACCCCGACCCACUAAAAUAAUCGAACCUGAGCCCGCUCCAGGCCCCGAAGUUAUUUACCUGAAGCAUGUAGAACCAUCCCGACCUUACGCAGCAUUGCCUGAGCAAGAUCGGGUGUAUCCUCCACCCCAAUUUAUAAUCCCGCUUCACGAUGUCAUGCAGGUGGAAGGUGGCAAGGUACACUUUGAGGCCCGGAUUGAACCAGUUGGUGAUCCAACAAUGCAUGUAGAAUGGUUCCUGAAUGGAAAACCCCUACCAGCUAGUUCUAGAGCAACUUAUGUCUUCCGCUUUGGUUUUAUUGCUUUUGACUUAUUAAGUAUCAUCAUGCAAGAUAGCGGAGAAUAUGUAUGCAGAGUAACCAGCAGCACUGGUAGCGUAGAGUCGAGAGCGAUGUUGAGCAUUCAAUCGAAGGCAUCCAUCGAACGUUCUAGUCAACAUCCUAGUAGCUUGCAACAAAUUCAACAACUCGAAGAUUACUCAAAGUAUCAAAGACACGAUAGUUACGAUGAGAAGUCUUCUCAGAAACCCCACUUCAUCCGCCCACUCCAAGAUUUAGGUGAUUUACAGGAAGGUAGAAACGCUCACUUUGAAGCGCAACUUACUCCUGUUAGCGAUCCUACAAUGAAAGUGGAGUGGUACAAAGAUGGCCGACCGAUAACAGCCAGCUCGCGAAUCACUACGAUCUUCAACUUCGGUUACGUCUCCCUAAACAUUAUGCACUUACGUGCCGAAGAUGCCGGUUCAUAUACCGUUCGAGCUGUUAAUCAUUUAGGCGAAGCCAUUAGCACGUCGACUAUUCGUGUGUUCUCUCGCUCUACCGUUACCGGUGAUUUGGGUAUUCCUGAACAACAACGAUAUAUCGAAAGAGUUGAGGAGCUGGAAGCUUAUCAACAAUUGCAACAUCAAAAAUUCGUACAAGAAACUCCCGAAUGCUUGCAGGCACCCGAGUUUAAGACUCCAAUUAAAGAUCAGCUUGGCAUCCGUGAAGGAGGUUUUGCUCACUUUGAAGCCCGUUUAGAGCCUGUGGGUGAUUCUACUCUUAGGGUCGAAUGGCUCCGUGAUGGUCGUCCCGUUGAAGCAAGUUCGAGAAUUACAAGUUUCUUCAAUUUUGGCUACGUCGCGCUAACUAUUAAGGACGUAACUAUUCAUGAUGUGGGCACUUACACUUGCCACGCUUUCAAUUCAAAGGGACAAGCUAACACUGUUGCUCAAUUGAGCGUUGUCAGUAAACAAGAUAUUCUAGUCGAUUCUCAACACCCAGGUGGUUUGGAGAAAAUUCAAUACCUUGAAGAUUCUAGUCGCUAUCAACGUAUGGAACGCGAGGAAGUUGUGGUCAAACAGAAACCGCGAUUCCUUGGACCCUUGAAGGGAACUAACAAGAUUGUAGAAGGUCAACGAGCUCACUUUGAAGCGCGCGUAGAACCGCAAAACGAUUUAACCAUGAAAAUCGAGUGGUAUUUCAAUGGCAAACCAAUUCAAUCUGCCAAUAGGAUUCAAACUUAUCACGACUUUGGUUAUGUUGCUCUUGACAUUCAAAGCGUUCGCUCGGAAGAUGCCGGCACCUACACCGUUGUGGCUCGUAAUGCAUUGGGAGAGGAACAAUUGAGUGCAACUAUGAUUGUUGAAACUCGUUCAUCAAUUGAUACCAGGAGUAUGCACCACGGAAGCUAUGAAAAAACUCAGCAGCUCGAGGAUUCUAAAUUUAUUGAACCUCAAUACCAAAUUGAAGAAAUUUCUAAGUCUAAACCUAUUUUUGUCCAACCAUUGUCUGACCCAAGACCCGUUACGGAAGGUCGUAACAUUCAUGUCGAAUGUCGCCUGGAACCUAUGGGUGACCCAACUAUGAGAGUAGAAUGGUUCUGUAAUGGUCGACCUAUCACUGUUGGUUCCCGCUUUAGAACUUAUAAUGACUUUGGCUUCAUCGCUUUGGACAUCAUUCAAGCAAAUGCUUCCGAUUCCGGUGAAUAUACCGUUAGAGCUACGAAUCAUUUAGGAUCGGCUCACACCUCCGCCGUUAUUCGAAUUAUUGGCCGCUCUGACAUAAUUACCGAUACACAGCAUGAACAAUCGCUGGAACAAAUUCAAAUGUUGGAAGGUCGUGCAUCCAAGCAAAUCACUGAGGAAGUAACUGUUUUCCAAGCGCCGCAAUUUACUAGACCUUUGCAUAACAUUGAAACUAUUGAAGGUACCAAUGUUCACAUGGAAUGCCGUUUGCAGCCAGUUGGAGAUCCAACAAUGAAAGUGGAUUGGUUCUGUAAUGGUAAACCAAUCCGCGUGGGCCAUAGAUUCCGUCCUGCAUAUGAUUUUGAUUAUGUAGCGUUGGAUCUCCUCAGCGUAUACCCUGUUGAUUCUGGUGUGUAUACCUGCCAGGCUAGAAACCAGUUGGGAGAAGCAGUAACUUCAUGCUCUGUCAGGGUCAUUGCAAAGAAAGAUCUAAUGCUUGAGAGCCAACAUCCAGCUGGAAUGGAAAAAAUUCAAUACUUGGAAGAUUCAUCUAGAUACAAGCGUACUGAAUAUAUGGACGAAGUUAUCAACGUUAAGCCAAGGUUCAUUGCUAAGCCUAAAAAUUGCGAAGGUAUGUUGGAAGGACAACACGCUCAUUUUGAAUGUAAAGUGGAACCAGUCACGGAUCCCAACUUGAAAAUUGAAUGGUACAAAAAUGGAAGGCCCAUUACAAUUGGUCACCGAUUCAGACCCAUUCACGAUUUUGGAUAUGUUGCAUUAGAUAUUAUUGAUCUAAUUGCGGAAGAUUCGGCCACAUAUACUUGCCGUGCUGUUAAUUUAGUUGGAUCUGACGAAACUAACUGUGUCCUGAGCUGCCGCAGUACCAGGCAAAUUAUCACCCAUACUCAAAAUCAACAAGGAUUGCAGCAAAUCCAAAGCUUGGAAGAUCGCUCCCGUUAUUCGCGUCAUGAGGAAACUGAGGAAAUUACAACUCAAGCACCAAUUUUCACUACAUCUUUGAAAAAUGUUGAAAUAAAGGAAGGUCAACGUGCCCACUUUGAGUGUAGGCUUAUUCCGGUUUCGGACGCUACCAUGCGAGUUGAAUGGUUCCACAACAACCGUCCAGUCAAAUCUGGUUCUCGUUUCUCUGAAACCAACAAUUUCGGAUUUGUUGCGCUUGAUAUUCUUUACUGCUACCCAGAAGAUUCUGGUACCUACACAUGUCGCGCAACCAAUGCAUUGGGUGAAGCUGUCACUUCCGCAAUGUGCAUUGUGCACUCCAAGAAAACUAUUUAUAACGAAUCAGUCCAUGAAGGUGCAUUAGAACGCAUCAGGCAAUUGGAUGAUUCUUCUCGUUACAGCAGACAAAGUGUUCAAGAUGAAGUUGUUACCCAAGCACCCGUCUUCACGCUUCCAAUCAAGAACGUGAACGUGGCUGAAAAUCAAGCGGCCCACUUUGAAGCAAGAUUAAUUCCUGUUGGAGAUCCAAAACUUCGUGUCGAAUGGCACAGGAAUGGUGUUCCAAUUCAGGCAUCUAACCGCAUUACUACAAUGCACGAUUUUGGAUAUGUCGCAUUGAACAUGAAGUAUGUUAAUCCGGAAGAUUCCGGCACUUACACUUGUCGUGCUAUUAAUGAGUUGGGCGAAGCAGUAACAUCAGCAACGCUGGCAGUUCAAUCAAAGGCAUCCUUGGAAUUACAAACUCAACAUGAAGGUGCCAUGCAAAAACUUCGUCAACUUGAAGAUUCCGCCAAGUACCAGCGGCGUGAAGAAGAGGACAUUAUUGUCACUCAAGCACCCAGAUUCGUUACUCAAUUGAACGGACCUAAAGAACUAUUCGAGGGACAGAGCGCGCAUUACGAAUGCAGAAUUGAACCUUAUCCUGAUCCAGAUCUGAGAGUGGAAUGGUACCAUAAUGGUAAAGCCCUCACCACUGGCCAUCGUUUCCGCACUGCGUAUGAUUUUGGAUUUGCUAGUCUUGACGUUCUUAGCGUGUAUGCCGAAGACAGUGGCGAAUACACUUGCAGAGUUAUUAAUCGUUUAGGCCAAGCCCAAUCUUCUGUUGUAACAAAUGUUAAAUCCAAGGCAGGAAUUAUUCGCGAAACUCAACACGAGGGAGCUUUGCAAAAGAUUCAAUAUCUUGAAGAUGACUCGCGUAACAAGCGCACUAGCGAGGAAGACGCUGUUAUUUUCGAAAAACCUCAAUUUGGUAGGGGCUUGAAGAACAUUGAAAGGCUUGCCGAAGGACGCAGUGCUCACCUGGAAGCUACUUUAACCCCUGUUAACGAUCCAACUAUGGUAGUUGAAUGGUUCUGUAAUGGACGUCCGAUUCAAACUGGUCAUCGUUUCAAAACAACUUAUGACUUUGGCUAUGUAGCUCUUGAUAUUUUGUAUGCAUAUGCGGAAGAUUCAGGCACUUACAUGUGCCGUGCUCGUAAUGCAGUGGGAGAAGCUGUUACUACGUCCUCCAUCACUGUUGUUGCUAAAUCUGGAUUAGAUUUAGAGACGAUGGAUGAACAGCGCUUGAAGAAGAUUCGUGAUCUUGAAAACUACGCAAGACCCAAACGUGAAGAAAUUGAACCAGAGGCACAACGCCCAGUCUUCCUGACACCAUUAGUUAGUCUUGAAAACUUGAAAGAAGCCGAACAUGCUCAUUUGGAAUGUCGUGUUGAACCCAUCAAUGAUCCCAACUUGAAAAUCGAAUGGUUCGUUAAUGGCGUCAAAUUGAAAACUGGCCACAGAUUCAGGACAACUCAUGACUUUGGAUAUGUCGCUCUUGAUAUUUUGUAUUCAUACGCUGAAGAUAGCGGUACUUACAUGUGCAAAGCAACCAAUUUGAUCGGAGAAGCCGUAAAUACUUGCACUAUUAAAGUGGGCAGUCGUAAGAGCAUUCUACUGGAUACUCACCAUCCCGAAGGACUUGAAAAGAUUCGUGAAUUGGAAGCCCAAGGACAUCCUGCUCGAUUGGAAGUUGAAGAUCCAAUUCCGUUCCCACCACGUUUUAUUACACAAUUGCGUGGUACCCCAGAAGUGGUUGAAGGUGCAACAGCUCAUUUUGAAGCGCAAAUUGAACCAAUUCACGACCCCAAUCUUCGUAUUGAAUUCUAUCAUAACGGAAAACCUUUGCCUAGUGCAUCUCGCUUCCAUAUUACCUUUGAUUUCGGAUACGUUGCUUUGGAUAUUGGCCAUGUUGUACCGGAGGAUGCCGGUGAAUACUCAGUGAAAGCCAUUAAUAACCUAGGCGAAUGCGUAUCGUCUGCUAGCAUGAAAGUAAUUUCUAAGAGCAACAUUGUUCUGGAAUCUCAGAGACCCGAAGGAUUAGAAAAAAUCCGCAAAUUGGAAGAACAUGUGCCAUACAAGAGACCAGAACACGAGGAUUACGUUACUAGACAGCGUCCAGUAUUUACUCAGCCAUUGCAAAAUAUUGACUUUAUCCAAGAAGCCGAAACAGCUCACUUUGAGUGCCGCUUAAUUCCUGUUGGAGAUCCUACGCUUAAGGUGGAAUGGUUCCGCAAUGAAAAACCUUUGGAAGAUAGUUCUCGCAUUAGCAAGAUGCAUGACUUUGGAUUUGUUUCUCUUGAUAUUGCUCACAUUCGCGAUGAAGAUGAAGGCGUAUACAUGUGCAGAGCAUCUAAUCCGCUUGGAGAAGCUGUCACGACAGCAUCUAUGAAGAUUAGAACCAAAGCCAGCAUCCAAUUGGAAACUCAACAUCCCGAAGGAAUGCGUAAAAUCCAACAACUUGAGGCACCACAUGCACCACGCCGUGAAGAAGCAGAUCGCGUGUUUGAGAAGCCUAUUUUCACCCAGGUUCUCACUGGUCCUUCUGAACUUUGGGAAGGCCAGCACGCUCACUUUGAAGCUCGAGUCGUACCUGUGGGAGACCCCAAUCUACGUUUUGAAUGGUAUGUCAAUGGCGUGGAAUUGAAGUUGGGAUCCAGAAUCCGUGUAACUCACGAUUUUGGUUUCGUUACCCUUGAUAUCAUGUCUACGGUGCGCGAAGAUUCAGGCGUCUACAUGUGCAAAGCUAUCAAUAAAGCAGGCGAGGCAGUGUCUUCUAUUUCAAUGAAAGUGAAGCCAAGAUCAAGCAUUCACGGUGAACCACUGCAACCCGAUGCAUGGCAAAAGAUCCAACUCAAAGAGGCUGAAAUGAACAAAGUUCCUGAAAUGUUUGUAGACACGCAUCCUCAACAAGCACCUGUAUUUACCACACAUUUGCAAAACUUUGAUAAACUUCAAGAAGGCCAGCAUGUUUAUUUGGAAGCGCAAGUCGAACCACGCGCUGAUCCAAAUUUGAAAGUCGAAUGGUUUAAAAAUGGUGUUACUCUUACAACAGGAACCCGUUUGAGGAGCACUUUUGACUUUGGUUUAGUAACCUUAUCAAUUAAUGGCCUACGUGCCGAUGAUUCCGCCAUUUACACAUGCAAAGCUACAAACCUUAUUGGCGAAGCUGUAUCCACUUGCACACUUAAAAUUGAAGAUAAGCACUGGUUAUUGGGUCAAACUCUGCAUCCAGAUGCUAUUCCAAAAUUGGAAGCAUUGGAAGCUCCUAAAGAAGGUGUCCCUGAACAAGCCGAACCCUCUUACGAGACACCUAUCUUUAUUACUCACUUGAAUAAUGUAGUUUGUACAGAAAGUGAGAAUGUACACUUCGAAUGUAACGUUGAACCAUCUAAAGAUCCCACCAUGAAAAUUGAAUGGUACGUUAACGGAAAACCAUUACCAACUGGUGCUCGUUAUAAGUCUACUUAUGACUUUGGUUAUGUGGCUUUGGAUAUUAAUCAUUCGUACGAAGAAGAUUCUGGAAUUUACACUUGCAAAGCUAUCAAUAGUAAAGGAUCUGCUACUACAUCCGGUUCACUUCGUUGCACUGGCAAGCAGAACAUUUAUUUGCAAACCCAGCAUCCUCAAGGACCUGCUGGAUUGGAACGCGUGCAAGAAGUGGAUGAUGCCGUGGCUGGUAAAUUGCAAAGACAAGCAUCUGGUCCGGAAAAAGAAUUUGGUAAACCAGUUUGGACCAUACCUCUUAACCCUGAAUUCAGGAUUAACGAAGGGAAGCCGUUGAAUCUAGAAGGCACAGUCGAACCAAAAGAAGAUCCUAAUUUGAAAAUUGAGUGGUACUUUAAUGGAAAAUUGCUUGAUCAUGCAUCCCGCUUUAAGCUUACUAGUGAUUUUGGAUUCGUUACGCUUGAUUUGGCUGACGUAUAUGAACGCGAUCAAGGCAUAUACACAUGCAAAGCUUUCAAUAAAGCAGGUGAAGCAUUUACUUCAACCACAGUAUACUGUGCCACCAAAGCUGGUUUAAUUGAACGUACCCAACAUCCAAAGGGCCAAGAAGGCCUGGAAAAAAUACAAGAUCUUGAAGAUGCUCUUAAUAGACCUGAUGCCCGUAUGCCCGAUUCUGAAGAAGGACAUGCUCCCGUUUUUACUUCUGAAUUUACUGAACUUCUUAAUCUCAGUGAAGGAGAAAUUGCCCACUUUGAAGCUGGACUUACUCCGAUUGGAGAUCAAACCAUGAAAGUCGAAUGGUUUUACAAUGGCAAAGCGAUUGAUGCCAGUCACAGAUUUAGGACUGUUCAUGCGUUUGGCAUGGUAGUUCUGGAAGUUCUAGGAACAAAGAUCGAAGAUUCCGGAACCUACACGUGUAUUGCUACUAACGCAUGGGGCAAAGCUGAACAAAGUGUCAAACUCGAAUGCGUUGAUAAGUCUAAAGGACAACCACCCAAGUUCACCACGCACAUCAAGGAUAUUGUUGGUCUUAAGGACGGACAACCUGCUCACUUUGAAUGUACACUUAUACCUGUUAACGACCCAAAACUCAAAGUCGAAUGGUAUCAUAACGGCAAGCCGAUGAGACAUUCAACCCGCAUCAAGACCGUCUCCGACUUUGGCUUUGUCCUCAUGGACAUUAGCCAUACUGAAAAUCAUGACUCCGGAGAAUAUGUGUGCAGAGCAUGGAACGAUUACGGUGAAGACUUUACCAAAGCUACCAUCAAUGCAUAUGGCAGGAGCGGAGUUUUCACUGAGAGUUUGCAACCCGAUUCGUUAGCUAAAAUUAGAGAACUCGAAAGCUUCCAAGGCCAACAAGUGCAAAAGUCCGCAUCUUUCGUAACGGAAGCACCGAAAUUCGUAACUCACAUCUCCAGUAUAAGUAAAUUAGUUGAAGGUCAAAGUGCCCACUUUGAAGCUAGAUUAACACCAGUUGCUGAUCCUGAUUUGGUUGUUGAGUGGUAUUAUAACGAUAAAAAACUACCACAUGGACACAGAUAUCGCACUUUCCAUGAUUUCGGAAUUGUUAUUUUGGACAUCUUAUACUGCUAUGAAGAAAACUCUGGUACAUACAAAUGCAGAGCUUACAAUAAAUAUGGUGAAGAUUUUACUGAGGCCACAUUGACCUGUUCAUCUAAGGCUAAUCUUAUUUUGGACUCGCAAUUGCCUAGGGGAAUGGAGGGUGGUUUGGAGAAGAUUCAGGACUUGGAAGAUUCUCUAAUUCGCACCAGAGAUGAUAAAACUUCAGAAGAAUUUGGAAAAGCACCAGUAUUUACUGUACCGCUUGCUAAUAUUGACAAUCUACGUGAAGGAGAAAGCUCUCAUUUUGAAGCUCGUCUAAUACCAACCGAUGAUCCCAAAUUGAAGGUUGAAUGGUUCUGGAAUGGUCGUCCAUUGAAAACUGGAUCUCGCUUCCGCACGUUCUGCGACUUUGGCUUUGUCAUUUUAGAAAUCUCUCCGGUUUACCCUGAAGACUCUGGUGAAUAUUCGUGCAGAGCAUUUAAUGACUACGGUGAAGCUGUAACCACCGCCUCAAUGAAAGUACAAGGCAAACGCAGCAUUAUUUUGGAAUCACAACUGCCCCAAGGAAUGGAAGGAACGAUUAAUAAGAUUGCCGAGCUUGAAGGUUUGGGUGUAAUUCCUGGACCAAUGACUCCUGAUGAUGAUACCGGCAAACCACCAGAAUUCAUAACAUCCCCAACGGAUUUGACGUUAUCUGAAAACGGUUUGGCACAUUUCGAAUGUAGAUUGAUUCCAGUUAACGAUCCCAGUAUGAGAGUAGAAUGGUUCCAUAAUGGCAAGGCCUUGUGGGCUGGUUCAAGAAUUAAAACUAUAAAUGACUUCGGAUUUGUCAUCUUGGAAGUAGCCGGAGUAUAUCAACGCGAUUCUGGCUUAUAUACCUGCAAAGCUACAAACAAGCAUGGCGAGGCAUCAGUAUCAUGCAAAUUACAAGUACGUGGACGACAAGGAAUUAUUAUGGAACCCCAACUUCCAAGCAAUUUCCGCACCGGUACCGAAAGCAUCCAAAAAUUGGAAGAGCAGUUGUAUAAACGAGAUGAAAAGAUGACUGAAGAAGAAAAACCAGAUCCACCUCGAUUCAUUGUUGAAAUCAAGGAUAAUGUUGAUGUGGCAGAAGGAGCGCCAAUUCAUUUCGACUGUAGAGUCGAACCAGUUAAUGAUCCAUCAAUGCGUAUUGAUUGGUUCCACAAUGGAAGACCUUUCGCAACGGGAUCCAGAGUUCAUCAAAUAAAUGAUUUUGGAUUUAUCUCAUUGGACAUUGAUUAUUCGUACACGCGUGAUGCUGGCGAAUAUAUUUGCAGAGCAACGAACAAAUGGGGCACUGCUACUACCAAAGCAACUGUUACCACAACAUCAAAGCGUAACAUCGAUUUCGAAUCCCAAUUGCCUGCUGGCAUGAGCGCCGAGAAGCUGAAGGAAUUGGAACGUGGAAAGGUGUCGGAAGCGCCCAAGGAAGAUGCUCCAAUGGGUCCUCCUAAAUUCAUAACCCAAAUUGAAUCUGCAACUGUGGAAGAAUCCGAAUCAGUACGUUUUGAAUGCCGCGUUGAGCCAAAAGAAGAUCCCAAGCUUAAGAUUGAAUGGUUCCGUAACGGCAAACCUUUGCCAUCCGGUCAUCGUUAUCGUACCGUCUAUGACAUGGGUUUCGUAUCUUUGGAUAUAUUGUAUGUUUACUCUGAAGACUCUGGAGAAUAUGUUUGCCGCGCAUACAAUGACUUUGGUGAAGAUUUCACCAAAUGCAGUUUGACAUGCAAGCGUUUGCCCAACAUUAUUUUACAAAACCAAGUGCCAAAGGGCAUGAAGAGGUCUGAAACUCUUAUGCAGAUGGAAGCAGCUAUCAAGAAAUACACCUCGGAAAUUCACCUAACUGAAGACGAUCUCUACGAUGCUGAUAAGAAGCAACCGCCAAGAUUUGUCACGCAAAUUCAGGACCAGACAACAUUGGUAGAAAUGCAAUCUACUAAAUUUGAAUGUCAAUUAGCACCUGUCGGUGAUCCAAAUAUGAAAGUAGAAUGGUUCUUCAACGGAAAACCGUUAUCACAUAAAAAUCGGUUCACGCCCAUCUACGAUUUUGGAUACGUUGCCAUGAAUUUUGGUUGGGUUUACCCGGAAGAUAGCGGCGAAUACCUGUGUCGUGCUACUAACUUAUACGGCAUGGAUGAAACAAGAGCAAUUAUUAAAACAGCUGGCAAGCCUGGUAUUAUUUAUGAAUCGCAAUUACCCAAGGGCAUGAAAUCUAUUGAGAAGAUUCGUGAAAUGGAAGCUGCUUGGCAAAUAGCACCUGAAGAAGCUGAAGAAGAAGCAAAGCCUAAGUCUGCCCCAAUAUUUGUUAGUAAACCUGAACCAUGCACUGUGGAAGAGGGAGAAUGGGCACGCUUCUGUUGUCGUGUUACUGGCCAUCCUCGUCCACGUGUGAUGUGGUUAGUUAAUGGACAUACAGUAGUUAAUGGCUCAAGGUACCGAUUGACGUAUGAUGGCAUGUACCACAUGGAUAUUCCGAAAACGCGCCAGUACGACACCGGAAAGGUGGAAGUCAUUGCAAGGAGUUCCGUGGGAGAAGCAAUCGCCGACACUCAGUUGAAUGUGAUUCCUAGGCAUGAUGAUUAUAGAAAAGUACUGAAAAAUUCGCCGAGACCUUGGUACGAUUUAGAAUUAGCCACGUAUCAAAAAGAACGUCAAGAAACGGAACUAGAAAAGUUCUUCGACGAGCGGAAUGUGAAUUUGAAAGAAAGUGGUCAUUCAUAUAAUAUCGAUAUAAAACCGAAAGACUUCAAGGGAAGCGAAGCUGAAUGGCAGCAUUUGGUGAAAUCCAAGAAAGGAGAAGAAUAUUACAACAAGUUACAAGAAUUGGAAAAUUCACAAGUCACCAAAGAAUUUAAACUGCGUGAGGCAAGCCAUCAGUUCGCUAUUCCCGGUGAGAAAAUUGUGAACAACACAAUGGCUAAAGGCAUGGCUGCAAAGUACCAGGAAAGCUUGGAGCAACAACCAGCUGGUCGUCCAUUAGGACAAAUCCCAUACUUACCAAAAUUCAAGAAGCUAACGAAGGAAGAACGUGAACAAGUUGAAUUGAGAAAAACAGAGAAGGGAAAAACAAUGCUGAACACAUCUGCAGUUGAUUCUUAUCAAGAACGUAAACCUGGAUCACCACCAGGACCCACUGAAUCUGGUGUGCAUGGUCGUGAAAUUCACGUAACCAAACAAAAGCAAACGCAAAAGGAGACUCAAGGAGAUCUUGAAAUUACUCGUAACAUUACAUCCACUGAAACUACAGAUGUUGAACAUAAAGCUAAAACAAGUGAACGCGUCGUACAAGAACAGGUUUUGCCUUCAAAUCCACCUUUCUUCACGAAGAAAAUUCAACCAUGUCGUGCAUUUGAAAAUGAACCAGCCAAGUUUGAAGUUGAAUUUGACGGUGAUCCGUUACCUACAAUCACUUGGUACAGGGAAGAUUUCCCAAUUACUAGCUCUCCAGACUUGAAGGUGUACACACUCAGCACCAAGUCGAUUUUACAAAUACGUCAAGUCUUCUUGGAAGAUUCAGCCGUGUUUAGUGUCGUGGCAGAAAAUCGCGGUGGAACGGCCAAAUGCAGUGCUAACUUAGUUGUCAUGGAAAGAAGGAGAUCUGGACGUGGUGGAAAAGUACCACCCAGCUUCCUCACAACUGCACAAAGCUGCACAACCAAAACUGGACAACUUGUUCGUUUUGACGCCCGCAUCAAUGGUACAAAACCUAUGGAUGUAUACUGGCUCAAAAACGGAAAGAAAAUUGUUCCUGACAUCAGGUACAAAACUUUGGAAGAAGACGAAGUCUAUACCUUGUUGAUUAUUGAAGUGGUGCAAGAAGACUCUGGCAAGUAUGAAUGUGUUGCCAUUAACAAUGCAGGCGAAGCUCGCUGUGAAGCGGAAUGCGUAGUGCAGGCAGCCAGCAAACCAACCAAACCCGAGAGUCAAUCGUCCCCCGGAACGGAGAAAGCGCCUACUAUUCUAGAACCACUCAAAGAUCAAACAAUUAGAGAGGGACAAUCUGUUGCAUUCAGAUGCGUCAUUUCUGGAAAACCUAUGCCACAAAUCAAAUGGCAAAAGGGCGACAAGGUAAUUAAGCCGUCCAAGUAUUUCCAAAUGAUCAAAGACGGAGAUGUGUGCACCUUGAGAAUUUCGGAAGCCUUCCCUGAAGAUGAAGGUGUCUACAAAUGCGUUGCUACUAGUCCGGUUGGAACAAUCAGCACUCAAGCAAAUUUGAAAGUAUUGGCACCAGAUAGUCAAGAUAUCCUAUCAAAGUUAACACCUAUGAAAGAUGUUAUCGUCCCGGAGGGAAGUCCUGCACAGUUCAAGACAUCCGUUACCGCGGGAAAACCAAAACCAUCUAUUCAAUGGUUGCGUGAUGGAUUCCUUAUUCCGGAAUCCCCUGAUUUUCAGAUGAUUAAUGAGGGCAACAACGCUGUGCUGCUAAUUUCGUCUACGUACGAAGAGGACUCUGGUACAUUCACCUGCCGGGCUACCAAUUCGGCUGGAGUCGUGGAGCAGUCCGCCAAGCUUAUCGUCAAAAAGCGGCCUGGUAAAGUUUAUCGAACUCCCGUAUCUGAUCAUAAAGACCAAACGGGUGGUUUGAAAAAAGAUCAUAAAAGCUCAAGCUUUAAAACAACUGAUGAAGAAUUUUCAAUUAUUAAAGAUGGUGGUGAAAAUAUUCCCACCGAUGCUGAAAUUUUACCCAUGGGUGAUGAAACUUUACCGUGGAGACGCAAAAAGCAUUCGAUUUCAGAAGCAAUCAAAACAACCCAAGCCGAUCAAAGGUCCGUACCUUGGACUGAACAACAAGUUACUUUAAAGAAAACUCAGCGAGUGCAAAAAGAAGUUGCCAAAGAGGGAAUUGAACAAAUUCAAUUAAAACAUUCAAGAAUUGAUAAGAAAGAAAUCAGACGCGAGUCACUGGAAACCGUUGAGCUUAAACCGUGGCAAUUGCAAAAACAAACGCAAAGUAUUAAAGACACACAAAGUACUAUGACUAGACAGGAUAUAAGCGAUUCUACACUCUUGAAUAUUGAUCAAAGAGAGCAGGUAGUUGAAGAAUCGAAGCAAAUUGACACCACUGAAACACGCGGUUGGAGAAAACCACGCAAGACAACUGAAGAUAGUAAAAUGAUAACUAGAGACUUAGAUGACACGACUCUGUUGGAUGUAGAUGAAAGAGAACAAACGUUUACAAAAGAAAUAUCAAAAGGUAAAAAACCUGAGGAUUCCACUCGUGAAUGGCGCAAACCUCGCCAACCAAUCCAAACUACGGAAGACACAACUUUGCUUAAGGUUGAUGAAAAAGAAUCUAUCACGGAACAGGAAACUUUAGAAACAAGAGGAUGGCGUAAACCUAGAACUGAAGUAAAACCAGAUACAACUACAGUUCAGUCGGUAGAAGACGUCUCUAUUCUGAAGAUUGAUGAAAAAGAAACAACUGAACAAACCGAUAAUCUUCAAUCAAAAAGCUGGCGAAAACCCAGACGACCAUCUGACACCAAGCCCAUAGUUCAGCCAAAAGAGGAAGCAGUCCCUUGGAAUAAACAAGAAAUUAAAUUGAGGAAAUCGUCUAUCACAAGAAAAGAUAUUGUGAAAGAAAAAUUGGAAGAGGUUCAAUUGAAAUCAUUGCGGCGAGACUCAAAAACGCUUCAACAAACUACAGUGGAAAGUACAUUGAUUCGACAAGAUCAAACAGAACAAAUUGACGUUAAAACUGACACACGGAAAACUGCCGCAAAGUCUCAACCAUUUACAUCUACGGAGGAUACAACUUUGCUAAAACUGGAUGAAAAGGAGACACUUAAACAAGAGGAAACUCUUGAGACUAGAGGUUGGCGAAAACCUAGGAAACCGGUCGAUACUCCGAAGGAAGAAACUGUGGAAGCGCCAAUAAAAACUCAACCAUUCAAAACAGAAGAUGAUUCAACAAUUAUGAAGGUUGAUGAAGUAGAAACAAUUAAAGAGCAAGAAACUUUAGUAAAGGAUUGGAGAAAACCGAGAAAACAACUUGAUACAGAAAAGGAAAAAUAUGUCAAGGAUAUUCCAAAAGAAACUCAACCGUUUGAAGUCGUCGAAGAUUCUGCUUUAAUAAAAUUAGAUGAACAUGAAGUAGUUAAACAGCAAGAAACCCUUGAAGAAAGGGGUUGGCGUAAGCCAAGGAAACCAGUCGAGGCUGAACAACCUGAUGCUCCUACCCAACCAAAACGUUUGCCGGAGAAACAGCCUAAGGAAGAACCAGUUCCAUGGAAUAAACAAGAAAUUAAAUUAAGGAAAUCUUCAAUAACGAAGAAAGAUAUAAGUAAAGAAAAAUUGGAAGAUAUUCAAUUAAAGCCUGUACGACGUGAGUCGAGUACUUUACAAGAAACAAUUCAAAAACAGGAAAUUGUAGAAACUGUACAGAAAACGACAGCCAAAAUUGCAGAUAGUUCAGUUAUUAGUGACAUCCAGAAAACUGAAACUGAAGAUGUGCGCUUAGAGGCUAAGCCUUGGCGUCAACCUAAACCAGAAAGAAAAGAAGUUACUACGGUAACAGAACCUACUGUUGCACCACAAAUUGAAGAAACUCCAGUUGAAACAAAGGAUUGGCGAAAACCUAAACCAGAAAGAAAAGAAGUUACUCCAGUAACAGAACCCACUGUAGCACCACAAAUUGAAGAAACUCCAGUUGAAACAAAGGACUGGCGUAAACCUAAACCAGAAAGAAAAGAAGUUACUCCAGUAACAGAACCCACUGUAGCACCACAAAUUGUAGAAACUCCAGUUGAAACAAAGGACUGGCGUAAACCUAAAACCGAAAAGAUUGAAGAAGUGAAACCAGAGUCUAAACAACCCGAAACUCGUUCCUGGCGGCGUGGCAAAGAGCAAGCUAAAGAGGAAACACCUCAAAGCAAACUAGAAGUUAAACCAGUUGAAGAACUUGAGAAACCAAAACCAGAGAUUAAGAAGCAACCGAAAGUUGCACAGAAAGUAGAGCAGCCAGUUGCUGUACCUGAAGUAUCAAAAGUUGAGGAGAUAGAAAAACCAAAAGCACAAGAUCAAACAUACAUUGUUGAAGAAACUGUGGAGGAAGUUGAGGAUGUCGUAGUUCUGAAGGUCGACGAUGAGAAAAAACCAGAUAAACCUAAAGCUAAAAAACCUAUUCAACCCGAGGAAGUUGAGAAGUUUGAAGCCGUAAAAUUAAAACCAACACGUCGUCCUGAAAAGCCAGUAACUACCGAAGCUCCCGAAGAAAUUAAAUUGAAACCUGUCCCGAAGCAAAAAGUAGUAGAAAAGGAAGAACCAAUUUCUAAGCCAAUAAUCGAAAAGCCCAAAAAGGUUGAAUCGUUUGAUAUUCCAGAACGAGAAGAACCGGUUAUCGAAUCUAUGCCUGAAUUUGACAAAGAAAUAAUUCCUGAGAAACCUAAACCACAGGAAACUAAAUUACCUUGGCAAAGAGCUCCCAAAACAAAACCAGUCCAAGAAGAAGAAAAACCAAAUAAAAUUAUAAUUGGCAAAGGAAAGAUUCCGAUUCAAGAAGAUAUUAAAGAGGAAGUAAUUUUGAAACCAAUUUCUAAACCAGAAAGAGUAAUUGAACCUGAAAAACCUAAAGAAGUUAAAAAGUCACAUAAACCAGUUAAAGAUUUCGAACAUCCAGAACCCGAAGAAGUGACUUUGCAGCCGUUCAAACCGUCAGAACCUAUAAAGAAAGAGCCCGAAGAAAAAGCUUUACCUGAACCAGUUAAGAAACCAGUUGAACAACCUGAAGAAAAGGAUAAAUCAUUGCCACCUUGGCGAAGGCAACCGAAGCAAGUACCAGAAGAAGUCCAAGAAGAAAAGAAAUGGCCUACUGGUAAAAGAAGACCAAAAUCACCUGAACCAGAAGAAAAAAUACAACUUAAACCAAUCCCAAAAACUGUACCAAUUCCAAAAGAUAAGGAAGUAGAUGAUUCCUUCAAAAAGCCUGUAGAUGACAUACCCACAUCAGAAAUACCGGAUGAUGAACCAAUCAAAUUUAAACCAACUCCCUGGAGAAAACAAAAACCCAAACACGAAAAACCUGAAGAAAUUGAAAAACCCCAAGAAGAACCUAAACCUAAAUUAAUUCCAACAAAAUUAGAAGACACCGAAGUUUUGACUCCAGUUGAAACAGAAAAUCUUCAGUCCGAAACAAAAAUAACUUUGAUCGAGAAACGCGAUGUGGUACAAAAGAAAGAAAAACCGAAAGUGGAAGAACCAAUUCCGAAAGAAGAAGAAGUACAAACAGCUACUUUCCAAAAAGAAACCAAAACAAGUACCAUAUCAAAGAAAGUACAGAAAGUCAGACAAAAAGUUGUUCAAGACAACGAUCAAGGACCAAUUCCAGAAAUUGAAUUGGUAUCACAAAAACGCGUGUCUGAGGUGACCGAUAAAGUAGCCGAGGAAAAUGUACAGAGAGAAGUGGUUGUCAAGGAGAUUAACAAAGCGGUGAGAAAAAGUGUUGAACAAACAAUGGUUUCUGAAGUUGGAAUUACCAUUGAUAAGCCAAAAGCUCCUCGGUUUAUACAACGCGUUGAACCAAUUGCUGCUGAAAAGAACAAACCUGCUCGCCUUGUUUGUAAAGUUGAAGGAACACCAUUCCCAAAUGUUGAAUGGUACAAGAAUGAGCAGUUAUUACAAACUGGACAACGAGUAUUUGUACGCGUUACCGAAAAUACUGUGGCACUUGAAUUUUCACGAGUGGAACCCACUGAUGUUGCUAUUUAUUCUUGCAAAGCAACAAACCUCGCUGGUGUUGCCACAUCAACAGCGAAUUUAAUAAUACUAGAAAAAGAAGAAAGCGGAAUUGCCCCACGGUUUACCAAGCCACUCAAACCCAAGUUCAUCGAGCAAGGACAAACUGCAAUGCUCGAGUGCGCCGUAGUUGGCAAACCAACACCAAAUAUCAAGUGGUUCAACGCAAGUCAAGAGAUUAAGCCAGACAAGAAGACCAAAAUUACAUUCAAUCCACAAACAGGAGUUACAACACUAGAAUUACUUGAACCCUUAACAGAAGAAGCAAUUAUAAGUUGCAUUGCUGAUAACAAAUUUGGAAAAGCGGAAUGUCGCACAAAUAUUACACCAUCCAAAGCAGUACGAGUUACUCAACCGGUAGUUUUGGUUGCGCCAAGAAUAACAAAACCUGUAGAAGCAGUGGUUAGCAAACCAAGAAAAGAUCUUGUACUUGAUGUAGAAUUUGAUGGUUCGCCAGAACUGGAAACUAAAUGGGUACGAAACAAUAAGGUUCUUCAAACAGAUAACAAUUAUACCAUUACAACAAAAGACAAGAAAUCCAAACUUGUUAUCUCUAAAGAUGCACCACAAAAAAGUGGGAAGUAUGAAGUUCGCAUUACAAAUGAGAAGGGUGAAACCAGAUCGGGUGGAUCUGUAAUGAUAACCGAUGACGAAGAAAUAUUAAGCUCACAGGCACCACGUUUCAUCAAACCUAUUUACCCUCAAAUUGUUACACCCGGUGAAGUGGUUGUGGUUGAAGCUAAUGUCGAAGCAUCGCCCACAGCCACAUUCCAAUGGUAUCAGGGAUCAUUUCCAAUACAAUCAUCACCUGAUAUUCGCAUAUCUACCGUCGAAAACAGAUCCAUCUUGGUUAUUAACGACGUUGAUUCUGAUUUUGCUGGUUUGAUUACAUGUCGUGCUGAAAAUGCGGUUGGUUCUGUAUCUUGCACAGCUACCCUGGAUGUCGUUGAAGAAAUGGACUGGCAAGUUACACAAGAGAUUGAAUAUCCUCGAUUCGUCCAACAAAUUACACCACAGAGAGUAAUGGAUGGAGAAAAAGUACAAUUUACAUGUGUAGUGUCUGGAAAACCAACACCCAAGGUUACAUGGUACCAUAAUAAUGAAGUAGUUCAACAAGCUAAAGACGUACUGAUCAUGCAAGAUUCGGAAGGUGUAUGCAGUUUAGCUAUUUCCGAAGUUUUCCCGGAAAAUGCAGGGGAAUACUCCUGUGAAGUCAAUAACAAAGUAGGAAAAGCAAUAUGUAAAUCAUCAUUAAUAGUUGAAGCAUAUGAAUACGUUCCGGACUCUGAGAUAGGACUAAUGACUGGUCCAUCUGAAUCUGAAGAAGAUCUAAUUGCAGAUAAAACGUUGAGCGAUUUAGAUGUUCUAUCUGAUGAUGAAUGUGCGCCGAAAAUAAUCAAGAAAUUACCAGAAGUAAUCUCAACUAAAGAUGGUGACAUUACAAGAUUGGAAGUAAAGGCAAUUGGCAAACCAAUGCCAAAGGGAAAAUGGCUAAAGCACGAUGAAGAAAUAAAACCGUCCAAUGAAUUUGUUAUUGAGAAUUUCGAAGAUGGUACCUCGGUGCUCACGAUAUCUGAAGUGUAUCCUGAUGACACCGGAGAUAUUGUAUUUGAAGCUCAAAAUGAGCUAGGUGUGGCAGUGACUUCCACACAAUUAAUGGUUGAAAGCGUUGAAGGCAUUGUUGGCACAAAAAUGUAUCGCAAACCGGAAUGGGUAACCCACAUGGAGGAGCUUCAAGCUGCACUAAAAGCCGCACACAGCGUUCCCACAUUUGUUAAGGAAAUUACAAACGUUCACGCUUCGGAAGAAGAAGAUGUUGUGUUUGAAUGUGUGUUUUCCGGAACACCACAACCAGAUAUAAUUUGGUACCAUGAUGAUAAGAUCGUAAGAAACACAGAAAGAGUUAAGAUCAGAAUUGAAGAUAACAGGACCUUGUGCACGAUCAAAGACGUUACCAUAGAAGAUGUUGGUACGUACGUGUGCAAAGCUCAGAGUGACAUUGGACUGGCUGUCACAAAGGCCAAACUAAAUGUGCAAGAAAUAACCGAAGAACAAAAACAAGAUAUUAGACUUAAAAAGGCUCAGCAGAAGGUGGAGAAAAUUAAAAAGGAAAAGGUUCGCGUUGAGAAAUCGCGUGAACUUCGCCGUCGUCAACGAGGCUCAUUAACAAGUGAAGAGAUUAAACCAUUGGAUGUCAAAGAAGUUGUUGCGGUCGAACAAGCUGAAGAAAUUAAGGAACAACCAAAACCAAAAGAUAAAGCAGUUCCUAUUAUACCUGUUUUACAACCUGUGUCUACUGAAGCAACGGCGGCAUGUAAGAAAAUCGAUGAUACAGAAGAAACCACAGAAGAGUUUUCGCAAACGGCUAAGACCAUUAUUUCAACAAAGGAAUCCUUAUCUGUGUCUGAGAUACAUACAGAUACCGAUUUGGGUGAAGUAGAUAAACAUAAACCAAAAUCACGCACAGCCAAAACCAAGACAUCUGAAAGUGUAUCCGAAGAAGUUGUUGUAACUGAAGUUAAUCUCGAAGAAGUUAUCAAGCGAGUAGAAGAAAUUAUCAUCAAUGAAGAAAUUCGCAUGGCUAAGGAAGUAAGCGAAGUGCUUGACUUUAUUCGCGUCAAGGAAUUCGGACCUGGCGAGAAUCCUUUGAGGGAAUUAGCCGAAAUUGGUUAUUUAGUUCGCAAUGGAAUUACAGUCAAAGAAGUCACGGUGUUGUACAACGAAGACAAAUUCCCAUACUUAAAAACACCAGAAUCCCAAUCAGCUAUGGUUAACGUCGUUGAGCGAAAGGGUUAUGGUCCGCUCAUUUCAGAAGUCCUUACAGAGGAAACAACGGUUGAUGAGAAGGUCAUGGCUGCAACAGUUGGAUUUAGGGCAUUCAUGAAGAUGGUAGAAUUGAAAUACGCAACAGUGGAAGAAGUGAUCACGUUGUUUAAACCUGAUGACUUCAUUACUCACGCUUGGGAAAUUACAGAAGUGCUAGAGGAAACAACCAAACACGGUGCAACUGAAACUGCGCAGUUUGCUGAACGUAUUCAAGUAUUAACCGGUCAGAAGAAAGUUAAAAAAUUACGAUUUAAGAAUGAAGAUGAGAUUGUCGCCGAAAAAGAGGAAAUCUACGAAUCCUUGCAAAGCGUCGAACCUAAAAUAGCCAAUGUCAAUAUUGAUGUACAUGAACUAGCAGUUCAACAAGAAAGAAUCUUGACAUCAGACUCCUUAGAUACAUUGAAAAUUAAACCUACUGUUUCUGAAACUGUUCAGCCAACACAAGAGCUUUACUCUAGUGUUACCGUAACGGAGAAAAUUCUAGAAGACAGGGAGCAAGAUUUUGAAGGAAAGUUUAAACCUGAAAUGAGCGAAGCAAAAAUUGCUUUAGAACAAGGAAAAUGUGUUCAAAUUACAACUGAAGUAACUUCAGAUAAUAAAGAGGGAAUAUUAGAAACCGCAAUUACUCCUGAAAAUAAAAAGGCUAUAACUUCAGUAAGUACUUUAGAAAUUGCAGAGAAAACUGAAGUUCACGCAGCGGGCUCGGUAUCAGAAAGUAUAACAGCAGCUGUAGUGUCUAAAGAUUCAGCAAAUGUUAAUGUGGUGGCAUUAGAAAGCGUCGUUUCUUCGCAACCGAUAAUACAAGAAAAAGAAACGGAUUUAGCAUUGGAUAAAAAACAUGAUACGAAAAAAGCUGAUUUUGCAUUAGAAGGCCACCAAGGCGUUGCAAUUUCAGAGACUGUAGCAAAUGAAAACGAAGUAUCUUUCGAAGGAUCGCCAAAGCCAAAAACCAGCAAGGCUACUUUUGAUAUUCUAGAGAAAAUAAAUAUUCAAACUAGCAUUACUACUUCAAGUGAUAAUGUAGAAUCGUUAGACAUUCAAGAACCAAAUAAAGUUAUGGCGCAAGAAGCCCAAACAGAGCAUCAAUCUGUAAUACAUUCGCAGCCUUUAGCUAUUGACAAAGAGGGAGAUUUAAACACUGUGGAACCUUUAACUAAAAAUGCCGUUAAAAGUGUUGAUGAAUUUGUAGGUUUGACUAUUUCAGAAGUUUUAACUUCAGGUGUAGAAGGUGAUCUAGACACUAAAAUAGCUAGUACUGAAAGGGCUUCCACUGAAAUAAACACAAUGCAAGCUGUAGAAAGAACACAGAAUCGUCCGUUGGAAUCAAUCAAUCAAUUUGCUCCAAUUGAGCACACAACCACAGAGGCCAACGUAACAAUGGACAAUCGUGAAAGUGUCAUUGCUAGUGAGCUUAUUAUUCAUGAACAAGAAAAAGAGUUCACACAAAAACCUGUGUUUGAUUCUUCACUUGCUACAACAACAUUUGAAGAGAACAAACCAAUUCAUGUUAGUGAAAUAUUACCAGAGGAAAAAGAAAUUAGUGUUGAAGAUCAAAGUUAUGAUACUAGAAAAGCUUUGCCUGGUUAUACAGAACUCGAGUCUGUUAUUCAAACUGAAAUUACAACUCAGUCAAAUAUUGGAGACUUAUCUCAAGCAGAACGUCAAAAUGAGAAAGCUCAACUAAUUCAAGAUUCAGAAUUCAGAGAAGGUAUUAUAACAUCUGAGAAACACGUUCAGGAGAAGGAAUCUGUUUUCGAAGCCACUGAGCUAUUAACCAAAUCUGCAGAACAAAUUUUAGUACCAUUAAAACAUAUCACUAUAUCUGAAACAACUACCCAUAACAAGGAGCAAGAAUAUGCUGGAAAGCCAUCAUUUACUGGUUCCAAUGCACAGAUUGAUUUUAAUGUUCAAGAAGUUGUUGUAAAAGCUGAAACAGUUGCAAGUGAAAGCUAUGAUCAAAUGAAAACAGAAAUGCCCACUACUGCUACAGCAAAUAAAUCUCAGUUAACGAUGGAAUCGGUAUCUGUCACGAGCACGCAGUCUGCUGAAAAAGAAGACUUGCUAUCGAAAGCUCCAAGUAUGCCGAAUAAGGAAACAGCUGGUGUAAGCCAGUCUCAAGCACUUCCACUGAAUGUGACUGAAGUAUACUCAGAAGAAGUAGGCAAUAAACUACAGCCAGCUAGCGUUAUACCUGAUAAAGCUACUGCAGUUAUACCAGAGAGUAAGCAUUUGGAACAAUUUGAAACGAUGACUAUGACAACCAUUCAGGACUUUGUCAACAAGGAGCAUUCCACAACAAAGGCACAUCAAAAGCAAACCACGUUUGAUGGUUUAACCACAUCAGUUGUUUCAACAAUUGAAACUGAAACUAUGCUCCCUGUCGAAGAAAGAUCGCUGCAAGUAGUGAAUGUUAAUAUUGAUACACGGGAGUCAGUAGAAGUAACUCAAAUACAAGCACACGAAACAGAAGGUUCAAAUGUGAUGAUUCGCAAAGCUGACGAAAAUAUUGUUAAACCGAGUUUUGUUGAACGUCAAGUUGCGCUACAAGAAGAAGUUGAAUCAAUUCAAGCACCAGACAAAAUAAUUGACAAGAAAAUGGCUACAGAAAAAGCAAAUACAAGUGCGCUCGAACAACAUAGCUUACAAGUAACAUGUGUAGACGCAACAGGUAGUCUGGAAUCCUUACAUUCUUUCGAAGAUAAUCAGAAAAAAGCUGUAAAAGUAUUAGUUCCCGACAAAUCUGCAAGCAUAGUACUACAUGAAGUACUUCCUAACGAACACGAGGGUGAAUUGGAUGACUAUGCAUUACACACCACACGUCCAAAAAUUACACAGAUUCCAUCUACAAUGAAUACGCAAACUGCACUCGAACAGAUGCCAGACGUUAGAACUGACAUAACCAACACACAGCACACUAAAGAAGAAAUCAUCACUACAUUUAAAACCAUACCUGGCACAGACACAACAGUAACUACUAAAACAAAACGAACAAUUUUAAAGCAAAAGAAAGGUAGUAUGCAAGAGGGUGAUGUCAUCAUUGAUGAGGAAUUAGAUGCAUCUGAACAUGUAGAAUUGCCUCAAGCUAAUGAAGCAAGUUCUAGCAUCAUAAUUCAAGAAAUGCCGGAACAAAUUCAAGUAACUGAAGUAGUGGACAGGGAUGGAACCACAAAGAAACAAGUAGUGAAGAAACGAGUAAUCAAAAAAUAUAAGAGUGGCAAACAGGAGACUACCGAAAUUGUAACGGUGGAAGAAGAAGGGAAGAAACCUGAAACCACAGUAACUGUACAAGAACUUCCGGAAGAAGAAGUUCAUUUCUUAGAACGGCCAGACUUCAAAAAGCCAGAAUAUAUUGAAGAAAUGCCUGAGCAAGUUCAAGUUACUGAAGUAGUAACACGGGAUGGUUCCACAAAGAAACAAGUGGUGAAGAAACGCGUCAUCAAGAAACGCAAGGGUGGCAAACAGGAGACAACCGAAAUUGUAACAGUGGAAGAAGAAGGGAAGAAACCUGAAACCACAGUAACUGUACAAGAACUUCCGGAAGAAGAAGUUCAUUUCUUAGAACGGCCAGAAUUCAAAAAGCCAGAAUAUAUUGAAGAAAUGCCUGAGCAAGUACAAAUUACCGAGGUAGUGACAAGAGAUGGCUCUACCAAGAAACAAGUGGUGAAGAAACGCGUCAUCAAGAAACGCAAGGGUGGCAAACAAGAGACAACCGAAAUUGUAACAGUGGAAGAAGAAGGGAAGAAACCUGAAACCACAGUAACUGUACAAGAACUUCCGGAAGAAGAAGUUCAUUUCUUAGAACGGCCAGAAUUCAAAAAGCCCGAGUUCAUUGAAGAAAUGCCUGAGCAAGUACAAAUUACCGAGGUAGUGACAAGAGAUGGCUCUACCAAGAAACAAGUGGUGAAGAAACGCGUCAUCAAGAAACGCAAAGGUGGCAAGCAGGAGACAACAGAAAUUGUAACAGUGGAAGAAGAAGGGAAGAAACCUGAAACCACAGUAACUGUGCAAGAACUUCCUGAAGAGGAAGUUCAUUUCUUAGAACAGCCAGAAUUCAAAAAGCCAGAAUAUAUCGAAGAAAUGCCGGAGCAAGUCCAAGUUACUGAAGUAGUAACACGGGACGGUUCCACAAAGAAACAAGUGGUGAAGAAACGCGUCAUCAAGAAACGCAAAGGUGGCAAGCAGGAGACAACCGAAAUUGUAACAGUGGAAGAAGAAGGGAAGAAACCUGAAACCACAGUAACUGUGCAAGAACUUCCGGAAGAAGAAGUUCAUUUCUUAGAACGGCCAGAAUUCAAAAAACCAGAAUAUAUUGAAGAAAUGCCUGAGCAAGUGCAAAUUACUGAGGUGGUGACCAAAGAUGGCUCUUCCAAGAAACAAGUGGUGAAGAAACGCGUCAUCAAGAAACGCAAGGGUGGCAAACAGGAGACAACAGAAAUUGUUACAGUGGAAGAAGAAGGGAAGAAACCUGAAACCACAGUAACUGUGCAAGAACUUCCUGAAGAGGAAGUUCAUUUCUUAGAACGGCCAGAAUUCAAAAAGCCAGAAUAUAUCGAAGAAAUGCCGGAGCAAGUCCAAGUUACUGAAGUAGUAACACGGGACGGUUCCACAAAGAAACAAGUGGUGAAGAAACGCGUCAUCAAGAAACGCAAAGGUGGCAAGCAGGAGACAACCGAAAUUGUAACAGUGGAAGAAGAAGGGAAGAAACCUGAAACCACAGUAACUGUGCAAGAACUUCCUGAAGAGGAAGUUCAUUUCUUAGCGGCCAAAAUUCAAAAGCCGGAAUAUAUCGAAGAAAUGCCGGAGCAAGUCCAAGUUACUGAAGUAGUAACACGGGACGGUUCCACAAAGAAACAAGUGGUGAAGAAACGCGUCAUCAAGAAACGCAAGGGUGGCAAACAGGAGACAACAGAAAUUGUAACUGUGGAAGAAGAAGGGAAGAAACCUGAAACCACAGUAACUGUACAGGAACUUCCUGAAGAGGAAGUUCAUUUCUUAGAACGGCCAGAAUUCCAAAAGCCAGAAUAUAUCGAAGAAAUGCCGGAGCAAGUCCAAGUUACUGAAGUAGUAACACGGGACGGUUCCACAAAGAAACAAGUGGUGAAGAAACGCGUCAUCAAGAAACGCAAGGGUGGCAAACAGGAGACAACAGAAAUUGUAACUGUGGAAGAAGAAGGGAUGAAACCUGAAACCACAGUAACUGUACAAGAGCUUCCGGAAGAAGAAGUUCAUUUCUUAGAACGGCCAGAAUAUAUUGAAGAAAUGCCUGAGCAAGUACAAAUUACCGAGGUAGUGACAAGAGAUGGCUCUACCAAGAAACAAGUGGUGAAGAAACGCGUCAUCAAGAAACGCAAAGGUGGCAAGCAGGAGACAACAGAAAUUGUAACAGUGGAAGAAGAUGGGAAGAAACCUGAAACCACAGUGACUGUGCAAGAACUUCCUGAAGAGGAAGUUCAUUUCUUAGAACGGCCAGAAUUCAAAAAGCCAGAAUAUAUCGAAGAAAUGCCGGAGCAAGUCCAAGUUACUGAAGUAGUAACACGGGACGGUUCCACAAAGAAACAAGUGGUGAAGAAACGCGUCAUCAAGAAACGCAAGGGUGGGAAACAGGAGACAACAGAAAUUGUAACUGUGGAGGAAGAAGGGAAGAAACCUGAAACCACAGUAACUGUACAAGAACUUCCUGAAGAGGAAGUUCACUUCUUAGAACGGCCAGAAUUCAAAAAGCCAGAAUAUAUCGAAGAAAUGCCGGAGCAAGUCCAAGUUACUGAAGUAGUAACACGGGACGGUUCCACAAAGAAACAAGUGAUGAAGAAACGCGUCAUCAAGAAACGCAAGGGUGGCAAACAGGAGACAACAGAAAUUGUAACUGUGGAAGAAGAAGGGAAGAAACCUGAAACCACAGUAACUGUACAAGAACUUCCGGAAGAAGAAGUUCAUUUCUUAGAACGGUCAGAAUUCAAAAAGCCAGAAUAUAUUGAAGAAAUGCCUGAGCAAGUCCAAGUUACUGAAGUAGUAACGCGGGAUGGUUCUACAAAGAAACAAGUAGUGAAGAAACGAGUGAUUAAGAAACGUAAGGGUGGCAAGCAGGAGACAACAGAAAUUGUAACAGUGGAAGAAGAAGGGAAGAGACCUGAAACCACAGUAACUGUACAAGAACUUCCGGAAGAAGAAGUUCACUUCUUAGAACGGUCCGAAUUCAAAAAGCCAGAAUAUAUUGAAGAAAUGCCUGAGCAAGUCCAAGUUACUGAAGUAGUAACGCGGGAUGGUUCUACAAAGAAACAAGUAGUGAAGAAACGAGUGAUUAAGAAACGUAAGGGUGGCAAGCAGGAGACAACAGAAAUUGUAACAGUGGAAGAAGAAGGGAAGAAACCUGAAACCACAGUAACUGUACAAGAACUUCCGGAAGAAGAAGUUCAUUUCUUGGAACGGCCAGAAUUCGAAAAGCCAGAAUAUAUUGAAGAAAUGUCUGAGCAAGUCCAAGUUACCGAGGUGGUGACAAGAGAUGGGUCUACCAAGAAACAAGUGGUGAAGAAACGCGUCAUCAAAAAACGUAAGGGUAGCAAACAGGAGACAACAGAAAUUGUAACAGUGGAAGAAGAAGGGAAGAAACCUGAAACCACCGUAACUGUUCAAGAACUUCCGGAAGAAGAAGUUCAUUUCUUGGAACGGCCAGAACAAAAGCCAGAAUAUAUUGAAGAAAUGCCUGAGCAAGUCCAAGUUACCGAGGUGGUGACAAGAGAUGGGUCUACCAAGAAACAAGUGGUGAAGAAACGCGUCAUCAAGAAACACAAGGUUGGCAAACUGGAGACAACAGAAAUUGUAACUGUGGAAGAAGAAGGGAAGAAACCUAAAACCACAGUAACUGUGCAAGAACUUCCUGAAGAGGAAGUUCAUUUCUUAGAACGGCCAGAAUUCAAAAAGCCAGAAUAUAUUGAAGAAAUGCCUGAGCAAGUCCAAGUUACUGAAGUAGUAACACGGGAUGGUUCCACAAAGAAACAAGUAGUGAAGAAACGAGUGAUUAAGAAACGUAAGGGUGGCAAGCAGGAGACAACAGAAAUUGUAACAGUGGAAGAAGAAGGGAAGAAACCUGAAACCACAGUAACUGUACAAGAACUUCCGGAAGAAGAAGUUCAUUUCUUAGAACGGCCAGAAUUCAAAAAGCCAGAAUAUAUUGAAGAAAUGCCUGAGCAAGUCCAAGUGACUGAAGUUGUGAGCCGGGAUGGUACCAUCAAGAAACAAGUAGUGAAGAAACGAGUCAUUAAAAAACGUAAGGCAGGCAAACAGGAAACAACAGAAAUUGUAACCGUGGAAGAAGAAGGGAAGAAACCUGAAACCACAGUAACUGUACAGGAACUUCCGGAAGAAGAAGUUAAUUUCUUGGAACGGCCAGAAUUCAAAAAGCCAGAAUAUAUUGAAGAAAUGCCUGAGCAAGUCCAAGUUUCUGAAGUAGUAACACGGGAUGGUUCCACAAAGAAACAAGUAGUGAAGAAACGAGUGAUUAAGAAACGUAAGGGUGGCAAGCAGGAGACAACAGAAAUUGUAACAGUGGAAGAAGAAGGGAAAAAACCUGAAACCACAGUAACUGUACAAGAACUUCCGGAAGAAGAAGUUCAUUUCUUAGAACGGCCAGAAUUCAAAAAACCAGAAUAUAUUGAAGAAAUGCCUGAGCAAGUGCAAAUUACUGAGGUGGUGACCAAAGAUGGCUCUUCCAAGAAACAAGUGGUGAAGAAACGCGUCAUCAAGAAACGCAAGGGUGGCAAACAGGAGACAACAGAAAUUGUUACAGUGGAAGAAGAAGGGAAGAAACCUGAAACCACAGUAACUGUGCAAGAACUUCCUGAAGAGGAAGUUCAUUUCUUAGAACGGCCAGAAUUCAAAAAGCCAGAAUAUAUCGAAGAAAUGCCGGAGCAAGUCCAAGUUACUGAAGUAGUAACACGGGACGGUUCCACAAAGAAACAAGUGGUGAAGAAACGCGUCAUCAAGAAACGCAAAGGUGGCAAGCAGGAGACAACCGAAAUUGUAACAGUGGAAGAAGAAGGGAAGAAACCUGAAACCACAGUAACUGUGCAAGAACUUCCUGAAGAGGAAGUUCAUUUCUUAGAACGGCCAAAAUUCAAAAAGCCGGAAUAUAUCGAAGAAAUGCCGGAGCAAGUCCAAGUUACUGAAGUAGUAACACGGGACGGUUCCACAAAGAAACAAGUGGUGAAGAAACGCGUCAUCAAGAAACGCAAGGGUGGCAAACAGGAGACAACAGAAAUUGUAACUGUGGAAGAAGAAGGGAAGAAACCUGAAACCACAGUAACUGUACAGGAACUUCCUGAAGAGGAAGUUCAUUUCUUAGAACGGCCAGAAUUCCAAAAGCCAGAAUAUAUCGAAGAAAUGCCGGAGCAAGUCCAAGUUACUGAAGUAGUAACACGGGACGGUUCCACAAAGAAACAAGUGGUGAAGAAACGCGUCAUCAAGAAACGCAAGGGUGGCAAACAGGAGACAACAGAAAUUGUAACUGUGGAAGAAGAAGGGAAGAAACCUGAAACCACAGUAACUGUACAAGAACUUCCGGAUGAAGAAGUUCAUUUCUUGGAACGGCCAGAAUUCAAAAAGCCAGAAUAUAUUGAAGAAAUGCCUGAGCAAGUGCAAAUUACUGAGGUCGUAACAAGAGAUGGUUCUACCAAGAAACAAGUGGUGAAAAAACGCGUCAUAAAGAGACGCAAGGGUGGCAAACAGGAGACAACUGAAAUUGUAACAGUGGAAGAAGAAGGGAAGAAACCUGAAACCACAGUAACUGUUCAAGAAUUUCCGGAAGAAGAAGUUCACUUUUUAGAACGGCCAGAAUUCAAAAAGCCAGAAUAUAUUGAAGAAAUGCCUGAGCAAGUGCAAAUUACCGAGGUAGUGACAAGAGAUGGCGCUACGAAGAAACAAGUGGUGAAGAAACGCGUCAUCAAGAAACGCAAGGGUGGCAAACAGGAGACUACUGAAAUUGUAACAGUGGAAGAAGAAGGGAAGAAACCUGAAACCACAGUAACUGUACAAGAACUUCCGGAUGAAGAAGUUCAUUUCUUGGAACGGCCAGAAUUCAAAAAGCCAGAAUAUAUUGAAGAAAUGCCUGAGCAAGUGCAAAUUACUAAGGUCGUAACAAGAGAUGGUUCUACCAAGAAACAAGUGGUGAAAAAACGCGUCAUAAAGAGACGCAAGGGUGGCAAACAGGAGACAACUGAAAUUGUAACAGUGGAAGAAGAAGGGAAGAAACCUGAAACCACAGUAACUGUUCAAGAAUUUCCGGAAGAAGAAGUUCACUUUUUAGAACGGCCAGAAUUCAAAAAGCCAGAAUAUAUUGAAGAAAUGCCUGAGCAAGUGCAAAUUACCGAGGUAGUGACAAGAGAUGGCGCUACGAAGAAACAAGUGGUGAAGAAACGCGUCAUCAAGAAACGCAAGGGUGGCAAACAGGAGACUACUGAAAUUGUAACAGUGGAAGAAGAAGGGAAGAAACCUGAAACCACAGUAACUGUACAAGAACUUCCGGAUGAAGAAGUUCAUUUCUUGGAACGGCCAGAAUUCAAAAAGCCAGAAUAUAUUGAAGAAAUGCCUGAGCAAGUGCAAAUUACUGAGGUCGUAACAAGAGAUGGUUCUUCCAAGAAACAAGUGGUGAAAAAACGCGUCAUAAAGAAACGCAUGGGUGGCAAACAGGAGACAACUGAAAUUGUAACAGUGGAAGAAGAAGGGAAGAAACCUGAAACCACAGUAACUGUACAAGAACUUCCGGAAGAAGAAAUUCAUUUCUUGGAACGGCCAGAAUUCAAAAAGCCAGAAUAUAUCGAAGAAAUGCCUGAACAAGUGCAAAUUACUGAGGUCGUAACAAGAGAUGGUUCUACCAAGAAACAAGUGGUGAAGAAACGCGUCAUCAAGAAACGCAAAGGUGGCAAACAGGAGACAACGGAAAUUGUAACAGUGGAAGAAGAAGGGAAGAAACCUGAAACCAAAGUAACUGUACAAGAACUUCCGGAAGAAGAAGUUCAUUUCUUGGAACGUCCAGAAUUCAAAAAGCCAGAAUAUAUCGAAGAAAUGCCUGAACAAGUGCAAAUUACGGAGGUCGUAACAAGAGAUGGUUCUACCAAGAAACAAGUGGUGAAGAAACGCGUCAUCAAGAAACGCAAAGGUGGCAAACAGGAGACAACGGAAAUUGUAACAGUGGAAGAAGAAGGGAAGAAACCUGAAACCACAGUAACUGUACAAGAACUUCCUGAAGAAGAUGUUCUUUUCGUAGAACGGCCUGAAUUCAAAAAGCCGGAAUACAUUGAAGAAAUGCCUGAGCAAGUCCAAGUGACUGAAGUUGUGAGCCGGGAUGGUACCAUCAAGAAACAAGUAGUGAAGAAACGAGUCAUUAAAAAACGUAAGGCAGGCAAACAGGAAACAACAGAAAUUGUAACUUUGGAAGAAGAAGGAAAGAAACCCCAAACUACAGUAACUGUACAAGAACUUCCUGAAGAGGAAGUGCAUUUCUUAGAAAGGCCUGAAUUCCAGAAGUCAGAAUGUAUAGAGGAAAUGCCGGAACAGGUGCAAGUUUCUGAGGUAGUAACAAGGGAAGUACUACGAAAACAAGUUGUUAAAAAACGAAUUAUUAAGAAACGCAAAGGCUCUACUGACAAAACAGCUGAAUUAACUGAGGAAAUUACGGAAAUAGAAGAACCUAAGUACUUAUUUGUGCCUACAUUAGCUAAUAAGAAUCAAGAAUCCGAGGAAGAAUUGAUAAAUGCUGCGAGAUUAGAGUUUAUCAAAAAAGCGCUUUACACCCCAGAAACUAAAGAACCAUCUGAAGAAGAGACUGUAGAUGUGCCGAAAAAAGAUAUUAAAAAGAAGGUAAAGAAGAUAACGAAAAUAAGUGAUAAACCCACACAUUCGGUUACCUUUACACAGGAAGGACCUUCGUUUGAAGUAGCAACUGUCGAAGAAUUACCACUAAAUAUUAACGUUGUUGAGUCGGAGACGUCAGAUGGAAAGGUUGUGAAGAAAAUAAUUAAGAAACGUACGAUAAGGAAACGCACAGGAGAUACGGCACAAGACACUGAAAUUGUUACCGUCGAAGAAGAUGGCCAGGUUGUUGAUACUUCAGUGAACAUUUCACAUAAACCAGUUACUGAAGAAAUUCUCCACGCAUCUCCAAUAGUGGAGGAAAUGCCAGAAGUUGAUCAAAUAAUUGAAAUUGAUACUCAUAGUAAAACACCUAAAAAGAAAAUAACAACUAAAAAUGUUUAUCACAAAGAUAUUGGGCCAAAUAUUGAAGUAACAGAAAUUAAAACAAUUGAAGAAGACGGUAAAGCAUCUGAAACAUCAGUUCAUGUUGAAGUAGUUAAGAAAGAAGAAUUCGAAAGACGUAAGAAGAGAAAACCUAAGAAGAAACAAGAGAAAAUACUUUUUGUGCCCACUCUUGUCAAAGAUGCUGACGACACUGAAGAUUACGUUAUUGAUCAACUUAGAUUGGAAAUCGUGAAGAAGGCUGUAUCUUUACCGCAGUAUGAUAAUAUGCCGGAAGAAGAACUAGAGACAUUUAUGGAUGGCACCGAAACAGAGACUGCUUGUGUAACACUUGAAGAGUAUCCAGAGUUAGUGCGAGUAGUUGAAACUAUUACUCCUACUGGAGAAGUAUGUAAAAAGACAAUUAAGAAGAAACGAAUUAGAAAAACUACGGCUGGAAAUCAAGAUAUUACAAGCAUAGUAACCGUCGAAGAAGAAAAUAAACCGACAGAAGCUUACAUUGUUGAAGAAGAUGAUGAGAUAAUUUCCGAUACUGAAAAGCCCAUUUCAGUAACAGCAGUAACCGAAGACGUUAUUGUUGAAGAUGUUGGUACAGUUUCUAAGCCAAAGAAAAGGAUUACUAAGAAACACAAAAUCACAAAACCAUCCGAAGGCACACAGCAAGUAAUUGAAACUGUCACAGUAAAAGAAGAAGGAAAACCAGAUGAAACCACCACAGUUCAAUACGAUGUCGAUCAGGAAUCUCCCGAAAAACUUAAACCGGAAGCAAUCAAAAAACCAAAACCAAAAACAAGCAAAAUUGAUCAAGGUAAAGAAGUUGUUGAACCAAAGAUAAGAAAAUUGAAACCUGCAUCUAAGAAGCCACUAAAGGAACCAAAACCCGUUAAAUUUAGGCUGAAAAGUCGCAUACGAGAUGUUGAAUUCCCAUCUAAAUCUGAGCAGUAUCAAUUACCACUUGUUACAGAUCUUCCCAAAGUAUACAGAGAUAAUGGAAUAUUAUCGCGAAAUAUUAAAGAAGCUGAAAACAUUAAACCUAAGAAGCGGCGUCCAAAACGAAAGGAUUAUAGCACGGAUGACUUAGAAAACUUGGAAGAAAUAGAAUUCCCUAAAAAAGUGCAACCUGAAGAAAUUGACGACACAACUAAAUACAAAAGACCUGAAAAGAAGCCAAAAGAGCCAGAAGAGCCUGCUGGAAAAUUAAAACUAGGGAAAGGUAAAAUACCCGAAAGAAUAGAAGAACCAGAAAAUAUAUCUCUUAAACCAAUUCCCACUAAACCAAAAGAUGCACCAGCGCCAGAAAAGAAACCACUGAAAGUAGGGGAAGUUGAAGGUAUAUCUACAGGGGUUUAUGAACCUGAAGAACUUGAAUUAACACCGCUGCAAUUUGAAGAAGAUCGAAAGCCAAAAACUCGUAAGAAGUCGAAAAAAGAUGUAAGUGUUUACGAAUUACCGGAAGAAAAGGUACUGGUUCCAAGUGUAGACAAACAAGGCAAACCAACAACGAAAACGGUUAGAAAACGAGUGAUUAAGAAAAUUACAGCACCCACCGAGGAAGUGACAGAAAUUGAAACAGUACAAUAUGAUGAUCAGGAACCUAUUGUCACUGUAACAGUACAAGAAACCUCAGAUGUUCAGGAUACUCCUACUGUUUUAGAAGUAAUUGAGGAGCCUGAAACCGUGACCACUGAAUUCAUCACAAAAGAUAAUGUAACGAAGAAGCGCACGGUUCGUAAACGAUUAAUUAAAAAACCGAAAGACGGUGUUACCGAAAAUACUGAAAUUGUAUGUAUUGAAGAAGAUGACAAAGAACCUGAAAUAUUUAUGACACAAUAUCUUGUUGAUGGACCUAUCCAAAAAACUAUUGCAAGUUCAGUACACCAAGAACUUCCAGAAGAAGUAAGCGUUAGUGAAGUUAUUACAGAAACUGGCAAAAAGGUUAAGAAAACAGUAAAGAAACGUAUAAUUAAAAAACAGCAGGCACCUACGGAAGAAGUAACGGUAAUAGAAACUGUCGAGGAACCAGAUCAGGAACCAAUUACUACUGUGAAAGUACUUGAAAAAGAAGCUCCAAUUGAUACAGGUGUAUUCGAACACACUGAAGUUAUUGAGGAGCUUCCUGAAGAAGUUCAAGUCACUCAAAUUGUAGAUGAAACUGGCAAACUUACGACAAAAACGACAAAGAAACGAAUUAUUAAAAAACCGAAAGGUAAAACAAUUGAAACAACAGAAAUUGUAAGUGAACAAGUAGAAGAUAAGCCAGCUAAAAUAUCAGUUCGAAGAUCAUCAGCUAGAAAUAUUGAGGCAUUGGAUAAUGAAGAAGAUACGGAAAUAUUUGAGCCACUGUUAACUAAAACGGCAAAGGCACGUCCCAGCAUGCAUGAACUACCUGAAGAAGUAACAGUAACUGAAGUAAAGUCGAGAUGGGGUCAACCUGUACAAGUCAUUAAAAAGAAGCGGACAAUUAAGAAACCUGUUUUGCCACAAGUAGAAACUACCGAAAUUGUAACAGUACAAGAAGGCGAAGAGGAACCCGUAAGUACAGUUAUUGUAUCCACAGAACAAAUUGAAUUUUCGGACGUUGUGGAUAUUCCUGAUGAAGCCACUGUAGUCGAAGAAUUGCCGGAUGAAAUAGUAAUUGAAGACAACAAGAAGAAAAUCAUUAAACGAAGACUUAUCAAAAAGCCCAAGGAAAAGAAAGAUGAAUUGAUUGAAAUUGAAACUAUCACAGAACCCUGUAAAGAGCCCGAAACGACCGUGAGGACUUCAAAAGUUAAGAAGGCUCCACUUAGUGAAGAAAUUGUAGAAACAUUGGAACCGUGGGAGGUGAAAAAAUCGAAAGGUAAACCUGUUCUUCAUGAAAUGCCAGAAAAGGUGUUAAUCACACAAGUUGUUAGCCACGAUGGAAAACGAGUUCAACGUAUUGAAAAAACUAGGACUAUAAAGAAACAUAUUGCACCAAAGGCAGAAGUUACUACCAUAGAAACAAUUCAAGAAGGUAUUAAAGAACCUGUUUCAAAAAUAACUGUUACAGAAGAACAUAUAGAUGUGUUUGAGAAUGUGCCAACGGAUGCCACACCAUUGGUGGAAAUGCCAAAUGAUAUUAAAGUUUUAGAGCAAGUUUCUGAUGCAGGUGAAACUACAACAAAAGUAAUUAAAAAACGUAUCAUCAAAAAACCUAAAGGAAAAGAUACCGAAACUACUGAAAUUACUACGGUGUUAGAAGAUGGUAAGCAACCUCAGGUUACAAUAGAAGUGAAAGAAAAUGUAGAAGAAGUAGAUUCUUUGGAACCAUUUAGCAUAAAACCAAAGAAAGCCAAAGUUAAAGUUCAGGAACUUCCUGAGGAAGUAGCCGUUAGCCAUGUAGUAACCGCAGAAGGUAAAACCGAAAAGAAAACAGUUCGUAAACGCACCCUCAAAAAGGAAAUUCAGCCAACAAGUGAAAUCACUGAAAUCAUUACUAUUGAAGAACCAGGCAAAGAACCAACAACAUCAAUUGUCACAUAUGAAGAUAAUAAACCUGAAUUCAAAACGCCAACCCAGGAAGAACGAAUUGAAGAGUUGCCUACUCAAAUAGAAAUUACAGAAAUCACUGAUAAAGAUGGACCCCGUAAGAAAACUACUAAAAAACGAUUGUUUAAGAAAUCAAAAGGAAAUGACACUCAAAUUACUGAAAUAGUAACUACUCAAGAAGAAGGCCAAGCCCCUGAAACAAAAGUCUUGGUAAAAUCGGUCCCAUCCGACGAAAUGCCAUCGCAAACUGCGCAGCCACAUGUCACUAUUGAAGAAUUACCUGAAGAGGUGACUGUAUUAAACGUUGUCACACCCGAAGGUAAUGUUGUUGAGCAGCGUAUAAGAAAACGCAUCAUUAAGAAACACAAAAAGCCACAUGAAGAAAUAACUAACAUCGAAAGUGUACAAAUUGGAGAAGAUGAACCUAUCACUACUAUAAGUAUAUCAGAACAGGAACCCAAGGAUAAACCCAGGGAUGAAAUACCUACCAAAUAUGAAGUAUCUGAAGAACUACCCGAGCAAAUUAACAUUGUUGAAGAAACCGUUGGACAUAAGAAAGUAAAGAAGGUGGUUAAGAAACGCGUUAUUGUAAAACCACAGGACAACGGUCAGAUUGAAACUACUGAAAUCGUAACCAUUCAGAAAGACGAUGAAUUGCCAGAAGUUACAGUGAAUAAAUAUACCACUGACGAAUCAUUUGUUAACGAAUAUCUUGAUGAAUUCACACCUACAACAGAAAAGCCACGUAAACCCAAAAUUGUUAGCGUUGAUGAUGAGGUAACCAACAUUAGUAGUACGAGUAACGUCGAAAUACACAAACAACCGAAAAUCAAAAUAAUUAAACACAAACGACCAGCCAAAGAGGAACAGACACCUACAACACACACAAUUAGUGAAAUUAAACAAACCGAUGAUACGCUAGGUGAUAUUCGGGAAGAUGUGGUGUUUGAUAAAGCAACAUCAGUUACAGAAAGCAAAGAACAUGUUUCAAUUACUACUGUUGAAACUCAAAAAGGGGUAACAUUUGAUGAAAUUCCAGUUUCCGUUACAGCUCAAGAGACAUUCGAACCAGAGGUAGUUUCAGAGAAAAAAGGUAAAGUCGUUAGAAAGGUUAAGAAAGUGCAUGGAAAGAAAGAAGAAUUCGUUGAGGAAGUUGUCGAAGAAAAACCAGAAGAAAUUGAACGCGUGGAAGAAGAACCUCGUGAUAAGAAACCAAAGCAAAAACCAAAGUUAGAGAAACUGGAGCCACUUAAAGUUGAAAAGAAAGCGCAAUUACCACAAAAGUUGGUUAUAUCAAAACCUGAGGAACCAGUAAAUUUAGCAGAAAUUAAGCUGAAAAAACCUAAAAUCCCACAAAGGAAAGAAAGAAAAGAUUCGAAGCUGCCCAAGUUUUUGUUAAAGAGUCGUAUUAACUAUAUUGAUUUUCCUCCAUUAAAAGAAACUAAACAAAUACCAAAGAUAACUGAAUUGGAACCAAUAUAUAAAGACAAUGGUAUUCUUUCUAGGAAUGUUGCGGAAGCAGAAAAUAUACCAAAAACAAAACGCCGCAAAUUGAAAGCUAAAGAUAAACAUGUAGAAGAUUUAGAAAAACUUGACUUAGAUAUGGACGAUUACGAAAAACCAAAAUUAGAAACAGUUGAUGAUGCGUAUAAAUAUCAAAAGCCUGAAAAGAAACCUAAAGAAGAAAAACCAAGUGAUGUUCCACAAUUAAAAAUUGGCAAAGGCAAGAUGCCUCCCGCAGAAGAAGAACCUGAACAAGUUAAACUAAAGAAAGUUGCAAAGAAGGAGGAGGAAAUACCGCAAGAGGAUACUAAAAAACCAAAGAAAGAUAAACCAAUUGAAGAAAAACCUGUCAGAAAGACAGAAGAAAGUGCUCCAGAAAAGAUUGCAUUUGAACCAUACGAUAUUGAUAGACCUGAUAUAGAAAAAGAAGAAUUGGAUUUGCCCGAAAUGGAUAAACCAGAGAAAAUUAUGCCAGACGUUGAAAAAACUAAACCAAAGAAACCUAAGAAAGCAAAGCCAAGUCCGGAAGUAGUUGAAGUCCCACUUGUGCCUGGCAUUCCGAAACCUAAAGAACCUGAAGAAGGGCCAGAAAUUAAAUUGAAGUAUAAACAAAAGGAACUUCCGGAAAUUGAACCGGAACCCAUUAAAUUAAAACCAUUUACUAAACCUAAACCUGAAGAAGAGAAAGAACCGAAAACCCUGCAAGUAGGUAAGCCUGAACCAUACGACAUUGAAAGAGAAGACGAACCUCUUGACAUUGAACCAGUAUCCAUAAAACCUACACCCAAAAAGAAAGUUAAAGGUAAGAAAUCUAAAUUGCCGGAGGCAGAAACAACAGUUGAAGAACCACAAGAAUUCGAAGUGCCCGAGGAGGAUGAUGUGUUUGAAGAUGUGCCCGAAGAAUUUGAUGAAGUUCCGAUUAUUCAUCCAACUGAAGAAGUAAAACAUCGAAAACCAAAAGUUAAAAAGAUACAACCUAAGGAAGAAGAACUUGACGAACCAGAUAUAUUUGAAGAUGUGCCAGAAGAGCACAUAGAAGACACAGAAACAAAACCCAUCUAUAUAGAGGAAAUAAAGGAAGUGACUAAAAUUAAAAGAAUUAAAAAGAAACCAGAAAAGAAAGAAGAACCCACAAUUGAACCGUUAGUUAAGCUAAAACCUAUUAACAUUGAAAGAAAAGAGAUCAAACCAACAAAGCUUGUAAUAUCGAAGGUUGUAGAUUUGCCUAUUAAUUUUGCCGAUAUUAAACUUAAGAAGCCAAAAAUACCCACCCCGAAAGAAAGGAAACCAUCGACAUUGCCUAAGUUCUUAUUAAAAAGUUUAAUUUCUUAUGUUACAUUCCCACCUUUAUCAGAAUCUGAAAAAAUUCCAAUUAUUACUGAUCUAGAACCAAUCAGCAAAGACGCAGGUGAAUUAUCACGAAAUAUAGGCGAUGCAGAAAAGGUAUUAAAAACAAAACGAAGGAAACUCAAGAAAACUGGUUAUUCGAGUGAAGAGUUGGAGAAGUUAGAUAAUGAAUUUGAGGAACUCAAGAAGGUUGAAUUGGAAAAAGUAGAUGAUGAAUACAAAUAUGUUAAACCAGAAAAACCAAAGCCAGAGGAGAAAGAAGAAAAACCGGUGGGCCUCAAAAUUGGUAAGGGUAAAUUGCCACAACCAGAUGAAGAACCAGAAGUAGUAAAAUUAAAGAAAAUACCAGAGAAACCUGUUGAAACUGCUGAAGAGCCUAAAGAAAAGAUAAAAGAACAGGAACCUGAACCUGUGAAGGUAAAGAAAACUAAAAAGCGUACUGAACCAGAACUUAAACCAUUUGAGCCGUACGAUAUUGAGCAAGAACCUCAAGAAAGAGAAGUACUAGAACUUCCGGAAAUAGACAAAGAAGAACCAAGUAAACCAGAAGAACCAAAGGAGAAACCUAAGAAGGUAAAGAAGGUGAAGCCCGAACCGGAAACUGAACAAAUAUUACUUAAGAAAGGUAUUCCAAAACCAACCGAACCGGAGGAGGAACCAGAAAUAAAAUUGAAAUACAAACAAAAGGAAUUGCCUGAACCUGAACCUGAGGAAAUUAAAUUGAAACCAUUUACAAAACCCCAACCAGAAGAGGAAGAAAAACCAGUUCAAAAAAUAAUCGAAGAAGAAAUCGUACAUGUGGAAAAGAAAAUUAUUAAGAAAAAGAAGCCCAAGACACCAAAGCGAGAGAAAGACACUGAGGCUGAGGAAGAAAUAACUUUUGAAGAGGUUGUUGAAGAAAUGCCAGUUGAGGAAGCACCUACUGAGCAUGUUGAAGAAAAGGUUCACAAAGUUGAAGCUGUGGAAGAAAUUAUUACUAAGAAAGUUACAAAGAAGUUACCCAAGCGUGUGUCAUUUGGUGAAAUUACCGAAGCUGAGCCAAUACCAAAGCUGAAACCUAUGAAAAUAGAACGUGUAGCCCAAACACCGCAAAAAAUGAUUAUAAGCAAACCAGAAGAUGCACCAAUUAACUUUGCUGAAAUUAAAUUGAAAAAACCAAAGGUACAGAAGAAGGAACCGAAAACCAGUAAACUGCCUAAGUUCAUGCUUAAGAGCCGCAUUGAGUUUAUAACAUUCCCGCCACUAUCGGAAAUUCUUCAGAAACCAAAAAUAAGCGAAGUUACUCCAGCAAUCAAAGAUGCUGGCUGUUUAUCGCGCACUAUGGUAGAUGCAGAGAAAGUAUUAAAAACAAAAACGAAGAAAAUUAAGGAAACAAGUAAAAUUGACGAUCUGGAAACAGAGGUGGAUGAAAUAAAGAAACCCGAACUUGAAAAGGUGGACGAGGAAUACAGAAAACCAAAAACUAAGAAACCAAAAGAAGCCAAAGUAGAAGAGCCAAAAGUUCUUGAAAUGGGCAAAGGUAAGGUCCCAGAAAAAAUAGAGGAAACCGAAGUAGUCACAUUGAAAAAGAUACCUAAAAAACCAGUUGAACCCCAAGAUGAAACGGAAAUUGUAGAAAAGAUUGAACCCGUCAAGGUUCCCGAAGAAAAGAAACCUAUUGAAGAAAUUCCUGAACCAAUAAUCCCAAUGGAAUUAGAAGAAACGGAAACGGAAACACAUGUGAAAACCAAAAAAGUUAAAAAAGUAAAACCAAAAACAGAAAAGGUUGAAAAGAGAGAGGAUGAGGAGCUGACUGAAGUUGUUCCACUGCCUGAAGAAAAGCCUGAACCAGAAGUGAUCGAACCGAAAACUGAAGAAAUUACUGUAGAAGAAAUUAUUGAAGAAGAACCACAACCUUCUGUGACAAUAAUUGAAGAAGAAAAGAAAACAAAAACUAUUAAGAAAAUUAAAAAGCCAAAACGAAAAGAAGUUCCGGAAGAACCUGAAAUUGAAGAAUCAGUACCAGAGGAACCUGAACCUGAGAAAGAACCUGAAAUUGAACAACCAAUUAUUGAAGAGAAAGAACCUGUUCAGGAGGUAGUAACUAAGAAAGUGAAACCAGAGAAAAAGAAACCAACAAAACCAGAAAAACAAGAAGUUACUGAACUGAAGCCUAUUAAAAUUGAACGAAAAGAAAUUAAACCACAAAAAAUGAUUAUCUCAAAACCAGAAGAAGCUGUGGUUAACUUGGCAGAAAUAAAGUUAAAGAAACCAAAGAUUCCAGAAAAGAGAAAGGAAUCGAAAUCUACUAAGCUUCCUAAAUUCCUACUAAAGAGUAGAAUUACGUAUGUUGAUUUUCCUCCCAUUGAUGAAGUACUAAAGAAACCAAAUAUUACUGAACUUGAACCCAUUUACAGAGAUAAUGGUGUUCUUUCAAGAAAUAUGGCAGAGGCUGAAAAAGUUGUUAAAACGAAACGUAGGAAACUAAAGGCCGGUAAAGACGAAACUGAAACAUUAGAAAAACUAGAUCUUGAAAUGGAUGAAAUUAAGAAGCGGGAGCUUGAAACUGUCGAUGACGAAUAUAAGAAGAAGCCAGAAAAGAAACAAAAACCGGAAGAAGAAAAACCAGAAACCAAAACAAUUAAAAUUGGCAAAGGAAAAGUGCCGAAAGAAGAAGAAGCACCUGAAGAAACCAUUAAACUGAAAAUUCCUGAAAAAAUUGAGGAACAAAUUGUGGAGGUUCAGAAAACAGUUAAAAAGCAUGAUGUAGAAGAACCUAAGGAAGUUAAGAAGAAGCCAAAGGAAUAUCCUGAAGUGGCUCCAUUUGAGCCAACUGAUUUUGAAAGAGAACCCGUUGAACUAGAGAAACUGGAUAUUCCGGAUAUUGAAAAGCCUGAACCUGUUAAGGAAGAAAUAGAGCUUCCUAAACCUAAAAAGACAAAGAAACCAAAGCCGGAACCGGAAACAGUCACAAUUUCUUUGGAAAAGGGUGUUCCAAAACCACAAGAAGAAGAAACGGCUCCAGAGGUUAAAUUCAAGGUAAAACAAAAACCUAAGCCGGAGGAACCACAAGAAGAAAUUAAACUGAAACCUUUCAAGAAGCCGGAACCUGAACCAGAAUCCGUUGAACACACUAUUAUUAAACAACCAAAGAUUGUGCCAACUGAGGAAAUCUCUGUAAAGGAUACUACAGAAAUUGUUGAUGUGACGCAUAUAGAAACAACCAAACGACGAAAGAAGAAGAAGUUGCCUUCAGACUCAGAUCUUGAACAGGAAGAACCAACACCUGAACCGGAAGAGCCAACACAAGAACCGAUCGUUGAAGAACCUGUAGAGGAAUAUAUUAUAAAGACGACUAUUGAGGAUGCACCUGUCAUUGAAGAAAUUGAAUCGGAAGUAACCCUUACCAAAGAUGAACCCAUUGUUGAAGAACCUGAGGAAGCUGAAAUUACAAUAGUUCCUAAAAAACCAAAGGAAGUAGUUUCGGAAGAUGUGGAAAUUGUUGUGAAAAAGGUAAAGAAAGCUAAGAAAACUGAAACCACAGAAGUAUCCGAAGAAGUCAUACUCAAGCCUAAACCUAAACCAGCUGAGGAACCGGUUGCGGAGGAAACCAUUGUAAAGAAAACUAAGCCCCGCAAACCUGUCGAGGAAAUUAGUGAAGAGAUUACAAUUAAAAAACCAGAACCUGUGGAAGAUACAACUGAAGAGUUUACUAUUAAACCAAAGAAGAAAGCGCCGGUUGUUCAAGAGGAGGAAGUUCAAGAAAGCGAAUUUACUCUCAAGCCUGCGAAACCACAACCUGAACCUGUAGCAGAGCCUGAGCCAGUUGAAGAACAAGUAAAGAUAAAACGGGCAAAACCACGCAAACCUGUUGUUGAAGAAUCAGCAGAUGAAGUAACUAUUAAAAAACAUAUAGUUGAACCUGAAGGAGUUGAAGAGGUAGCCGAGGAAAUUACUUUGAAGCCUAAGAGGAAGCCAAGCAAACCUGUUGCAACGGAAGAAGAGACUCAGGAAACAGAAUUCACAAUUAAGAAAACUGUUAAACCUGUGCCCGAACCUGAAGCAGUGCAAGAAGAAGUCAAAAUUAAGACUAAAAAACCAAAGAAACCUGUGGUUGACGAAGCCGCAGACGAAAUUACAAUCAAAAAACCAAUUGUGGAACCUGAGCCUGAACCUGAAGAUGUUGCUCAAGAAUUUACCAUAAAACCAAAGAGAAAGCCAAGUAAACCAGCUGUAACCGAGGAAGAAGUUCAGGAAAGUGAAUUCACAAUUAAGCCAAAGAAAAAGGAAGAACCGGCACAACCGGUUGCAACGGUUGAGGAAGCAGUUAAACUAAAACAAAAGAAACCAAAGAAACCAGUUGCAGAAGAAGCUGCUGAUGAAAUAACAAUCAAAAAGGUUGUGAUUGAUGAUGAAGUACAAGAAUUCACUAUCAAAAAGAAACCUCCUCCGUUCAAACCAGCAUUUGAAGAAAUCAACCAAGAAGUAACAAUUAAAAAACUCAAGAAGGUUAAAAAGCGUCCAGUGAUUCCCGAAUACACAGAGGUUGAAAAUGUCACCUUUAGACCAAAGAGAACGAAAACCAAAGAAGAUGUUGAACAAGAAUUCAAAAUAUCGUUGGAUUCGUAUGCUGAGGAAGAAAUUUCGAUGUCAGGAAAGGUGAAACUAAAGAAACAACGACCACUGACGUAUUCGGAAGAAGCAGGUGAAGAAAAUAUUAGAAUCUACAAGGAAUAUGAAGAUGAGGGCCCAGCAAUUGAAGAAAUUAUUGAUGAAGGCAGUGAUGCCGAAGAAUUGCCAUAUGAUGAAGAAGACUUUUCAGAAAGCUUCCAUGUUCCAUUCAGAAGGAAGGUGAAACCCCGUUAUUCAAUUCAGGAAGAAGACGAAAUUUCUAUCGAUCUCAGUCUCACCAAGUCUAAACCAAAAACAAUUGAUUACGAAGAACAGUCACUCACAUUGAAACGCAAACUACGCAAACAAUCUCAACCAUCAUUUGACGAAGAGGAAGCAUCGCUCAGUAUCAAACAAACAGAGUACAUUGAAGAAGAAGAUAUUAUCGAAGUUAACGAAGGUGACAUCUUAUAUUCGAUUAGCUCAUACAGAGCUGAAGCAGACCAAGCCAUUGACUUAGUGGAAGGUGAAAGAGUAUAUGUGAUUGAUAAUGAUAAUGCAGACUGGUGGUAUGUGAAGAAGCAUUUAACAGAAGAAAAGGGUUGGGUACCCGCACAGUACCUAAUGGAUGAAGAAAAUUAUACCAUAUUUGUUCAAAAGAAAUUACAUGAAAAAAUUGAUAAGUUACCAGUAUUUGAACGUCCUAAACCGAAAGAAAAGACAAGCGCUCCACGAUUUAUCGAAAAGUUGCAACCACAGCAUAUUCCAGACGGAUACACCGUACAAUUUGAAUGUCAAGUUGAAGGCUUGCCCAGACCACAAAUCACAUGGUUCCGACAAACGGCAAUCAUUAAGCCAUCAAAUGAUUUCCAAAUGUUUUACGAUGAAGAUAAUGUUGCUACUUUAAUCAUCCGAGAAGUAUUUCCGGAAGAUGCCGGCACAUUUACUUGUGUUGCUAAGAAUUCCGCAGGUUUUGCUUCAAGCACUACCGAGCUUAUAGUGGAAGCACCAUUAUCUGACCAUGGAUCAGACUUUACAACAUUGUCCAGACGUAGCCUCUCGCGAGAAUCAUCUUUGGCCGAUAUUCUUGAAGGUAUUCCACCAACAUUUGCCAAGAAGCCAAAACCGCAAUAUGUUAACGAACGCACAGAUGUUGUCGUUGAGUGUAGAUUGGUGGCAGUUCCUGAAGCUGAUAUAACAUGGCUUCACAAUGGCAAACCAAUUACUCAAAAGAAUGCCACUGUUGUCAAUGACUCGGAUAUGCAUAUGUAUUCGACAAUCUUGAAAAUUAAAGAAAUAACAAAAGAUCAGGAAGGCACAUACGAAAUUAUUGCCAAAAAUCGCGAAGGGGAAUCAAGAAUAAAGACUAUUAUUAAAGUUAAAACCGGAAAGAAGGAAUCUCCACAAGUUAUCGAACCAUUGAAAAAUGUGUAUGUCAGGGAAGGUGAGCCUGCCAUGUUGUGCACUAGCAUCGUAGGAAAUCCAACUCCUACAAUUUCAUGGUUUAAAAAUGGUAAACCUAUUAAGGUUCCUACCCCGAAAAAGGUCGGAGACGAAUACACGUGUAUGCUAUCACAAACUACCAAAGACGACGAAGCAGAAUAUACUGUUAAAGCUGAGAAUAGCAAUGGAACCAUUGAAACGAGCGCAUAUCUAACUAUUGAAGAAACUGUUACACCGAAGUUGGAACCACCAAUAUUUGUGGAACGCUUCCAAGAAAUGACCGUACCAGAUAAAGCAACAAUUACAUUGAAAGCAAAGGUAAUUGGUACACCAAGACCAGAAGUAACGUGGUUGCGCAACAAUCAACCAUUAAAGAAGUCACCCAGAAUUAAGAUGACUUAUGAAAACGAAACUAUUGAAUUGGUCAUUAAGGAUGCCGAUUCAGAGAAAGAUACAGGCGAUUAUAAAUGUAUUGCUUCCAAUACAGUGGGUAAAGCCUCGCAUGGUGCUAAAAUUACUGUUGAUGUGGACGCUAAAUUCACAAGAAAACUACGCGAAAUAUACGAAACUGUUGAAUAUGAUACUCUGGUACUAGAAUGUGAAACAUCGCAUACGGUUUCAGUCAAAUGGUUCUAUGAAGAGGUAGAGUUGACUGGAAUGGAUAACAGAGUUAUUAUCGAAGAUGGUCGCUGCCAUAAAUUAGUAAUUAAGAACAUUACUCACAAGGAUAUUGGAAAAUACAAAUGCAUGGUUAAAAAUCAAGUCACUCAAACGCAAGUGCAAAUUAUUGACACCAAACCAACUUUCAUUAAGCGUUUACAUGACGUCGAAGUUACUGAGAAAGAAUGUGCCAUACUUGAGGUUGAAAUAUCAUCCGAUUCUGCUAACGUAGUGUGGAAGAAGGACAAUAAUGUUAUUGAAAGUACUGACUCACACUAUCUUCUUGAGAAACAAGGAAAUGUCAGAAAACUGAUCAUCAAUAAUACAACAAUAUAUGACGAAGGCGAAUAUUACUGUUCGUUAAUUGACGAAGAAUGCUACGCUGAACUCACCGUUAUUGAAUUACCUCCUGAAAUCAAGACUAGAUUAGAAGACAAAACCGUAAGGAAGGGCGACAAAGCUGUAUUCGAAAUUGAGCUAACCAAGGGCGAUGCAUUAGUGUCAUGGCGCAAAAAUGACGUGGAGAUCCAAUUCUCUGAACACAUCCAACUUUCUAUUGAUGGCAAGCGACAAAAACUUAAAAUCUACAAUUGCGAUAUGGACGAUCAAGCAACUUACUGUUGUCAAGUAGGUCAGCAAGUAUCAUCUGCACGGCUGACAGUAUACGAACCAACAUUAUCGUUCAUUCGUAAAUUACCUGAAAUUACGAAGACUUUGAUUAAUAAGACCGUGGAAUUGGAAGUAGAACUAUCAGAAUCAGUUGAAGUCAAGUGGACCAGGAAUGGUGUAAAUAUACAAGAAAGUGAAAAGUAUUCCUUCUACUCAGAGAAUAGCAUCCGAAAAUUAAUCAUUAAAAACUGCACCCAUGAGGAGGAAUACGAAUAUACUUGUAUUGCUGAAGACAUCAGCACCACGACGAAACUUGUUGUGGAAGAGGUUCCAUCACCGCCACGAGGACCAUUGGAGGUGUCUGGAAUGUCAGAUACUUCAUUUACUUUAUGUUGGCAACCUUCCUUGUCCAACGGUGGAAGUGAAAUAAUUGAAUACAUUGUGGAAAUAAGAGAGAGCAAACAGAAAGACUUUAAAAAAUUGGGCAGCACAAAAGGAAACACAGACAUAUCUGUUAAUUACUUGGAGAAAGGACAUCAAUACUUCUUCAGGAUUGUUGCCCGAAAUGCUGUAGGUCUCAGUGAACCUUACGUUCCUGAUGAACCAAUCGUUGCAGGGGCCCGUCUAAGAAUUGAGUAUCGCUUUGCUAAAACCGAUGAAACGCUUUAUUGCUUACUUGGAAUUUUCCCACCAGCUAAAAUUGAUUAUAUGACACCUCCAUCGCCUCCUGUCAACUUGGUAGUCAAAGAAGCCGGAAGCAAGAGUGCCACAAUUAAAUGGGAAACACCAUUAAACAACGGUGGAAGUGAAAUUAUCGGUUACGUCAUUGAAAAGAAAUUGGAGUUUAUGCCCAAAUGGGAAAAAGUUAUUUCAAUUGAUGCCUCCAACUUGGAGUAUGUACUUCAAAAUCUGAAAGAUAAGAGCGAUUAUCUGUUCCGAGUAUCUGCCGAAAAUGCGGUUGGUGUGAGCGUCCCCGCAACUACCGAAGUUGUUAAAUUGAAAUCUCAUGCCACUGUUCCUACACCCCCAACUGCACCACUUGAAAUGCGCACUAUUGGUCCCAACGCCUUGAUCAUUGAAUGGGGCGCUCCUGAAAGCGAUGGUGGAGCUCCUUUGCAGGGAUACAACAUUGCAAUUAAAGAUACAAAGAAGACUAUGUGGAUUGAAAUUGGCAGAGUCUCGAAGGGUGUUCAAAAGUUCACAAUUAGAGACUUGCAAGAAGAUCACGAUUAUCUGAUUAGAAUAUUCGCACGCAACGAAGUUGGCUUGAGUGAUCCUCUCGAAUCUGAUGAACCAUUUAAAGUUCUUCCUGGUGCAGAAGCUGACCAAGAAGAAUUCAGGGAGUUUACUGAUCGCGAGCCAACAUCCUACAGUAUAUCUGAAAACACGACAUCCUGGCUGAGAGAUCACAACAUGGAUGCCGAUAUUAGUUCCUAUGCCAGAGGAACUCUUCUUAGAAGGGACGAGUACUUCUUUAAAAUUUGGUAUUACGCCAAACAACUUUUUAAGUAAUCAUUUAAUUUGCAAAUAAGAUUACGUUUUUUGAGAUGUAAAUAAUCUUCCAAAUUUAGCAGGUAGUUUAAUUUUAUAGGAACUUUUACUUAAUACAAUUAGCCACCAGCUACUAUUUAGAAUUCGAAUGUUUUAUGUUGCAGUUAGGACGGGAAAUAUAAAUUAUUCAUGGAUUUGUAAAUUGAUGAGCGAAGAAACAAUUUCAAAUCAUUUAACCAAUUUGUAUUUUCCGUAGAGACCAGAUAAAAUCGACUGUGGUUCAAUAACUGUGAUACCGGUCAUGAAAUUUUGGAAAGUAUGCAAUUACACGAACUAUCGGUGUAACUGAUUAAACACGAAUCAACGAAACGUUUAUCGAUCACUAAACGUGAAAUUAAAUUUGAAUAUUUAUUGCUGGUAUACGAAACUAUUAUAAUCGAUAUAUUGUUAAGCAUGUUUAUGAAAAUCCUAAUAUUGUUAUGUUAACUUAUUAUCGAGUUUUUGCCUCAAUUAAGGUACGUGUAUUUAAUAUUUAGGGAGAAAAUAUAGGUGCAACCAACAUCUUGCAAGUACACGUGCUUUAAAAUGAUGCACAAACAAAAUUGUUGUCAAUCGAUUUAUAAUAAACUUAACGAUUAUUGCAUA